AUGCCAGACACCGUUGGAGACCCGCAGGACUCCUAUCCUGGCAUUAGAAAUCUGGGCCUGUUUGUAAGUUGCCUGUAUCCUGCCUUUAAUCUCCUUGAACUUUCCAUUCUGGCAGUCUCCUUUCACCUCCAAAGUCAAGGGUCAAGACCGGAGGGAGAUUUCUAGGUCUAAAGAUAUUCUCUAGUGGCUAGAGUAGCCGCAGCUUGAGCUGUUCUCAAACUUCUAGGGGUAUGCAGCUGGUGAGGCAGAAAAAAACAGAGGAAAGAGACAGUGGGGGAUUGUAUUGGGCCAAGAACACUGUGACAUCUAUGUCUCCUGCAGCCUCUUGCACAGUGCUAACAAAAUUGUCCUCCACACUGCAGCAGAACAGCUGUGCAAGUUGAGAGAGUCCCACCCGUGGAGAGAAGAUGUGCAGGUUGAGACCAGCCCUGGUGGAGUUGAGUCUCUGCUCUAGGUAAACAACAGGGGCUGCCUUUUGUUUUUAAGAAACAUGGUAGCAGCACCUUGCAGGUUCAGACUCAGCAUCUUGGCUCAGUGGUUUCCAGACUCUUUACCUUCAAGGAAGCCUUUCCUGCUGCAUAUGCCACAGAACCAGCACAUAGCAAAGGACCGUGGCGCAUGCCCAAGUUCACUGGUCCUCCCUGUCAUGAGGCAGUGAGGCAGCUGCCUCAGGUGGCAGAUGCUGGAGGGGCUCAGCAAUGCCCUUCAUGGGAUCGGAACUGUGUGUGCCAUAAGCCUGCCCUAAAGUAGCUUGCUUUCAUCAGGUGAGCACUGUGCAGGAUGUGAUCCUCUUGCCAGUCUUAGGCAGUUUAGACACCAUACCUUUAAAGCACCCCCCCAAAAAAUCAUGGGAACCAUAGUUUACCCCUCAAAAGCUACAAUUCCCAUCACCUUUAACAAGCUGGUUUCCAGGAUUCUUUUUUUUUGGGGGGGGGGGGGAGGCAGAAUCAUGGAAUUGUAGAGUUGGAAGAGACCCUGUGCUUCAAAUGUGCCUUAAAUGUAUGGAGUGUGUACAGCCUCAAAAUGCGAUUCAGGUGCCUCACUGAAACAUAGUCCUGGUCCAUUCAGCUUCUGUAUGUGGAACGAGGGGGGGGGCACCAGCGUCUUGUUUGUCUCCAGCAGCAAAGUGUUGGGGGCAGCCCUGCUGUCAACCCAUCACUCCCUUGAAGCAGCACUUUUGCAAGGGGAGUUUGGUAGAGACGGCAAAUCCUCUUGUGGGAGAGCUCAUCUCUCUUCUCUCUCACAACUUGGGAGGAACCCCAACCACCACUAUUUGAAACAACCUCAUCUAGCGUUUUGGAUAAGACUGGGUCUCCUGACCUGACACAUCAUUCGGAGAUGUGUUGUGCCUGCGCUGCACAGCACCACUGAACUUGGUCAGCUUGGAGGAGGCGAGUGGCUGUCUGGUUCGCUCUGGGACAAGAGAGUCCUUGAUAUUAUUGCCUAUACAGCUUGUCCUGCCAAUAAAAUGUCACUGAUCUAAAGUCAAGUGUGACUCUUGCCGUGUUGUUUCUAAAGCGUCCACAGAUUGAAGAUCCCACAAAGGCAGAGAGCAAGAGAGCACUAUCUUAAAUGGCUAAUUUUGGGAGCCCUGACGGGUGGGAGAUAGACAAAUUGACUCUAGAAGCCCUGUCCCUUGGGAAGUUAUCCUGUGUGGUAUAGUGCAGCUCUUACUUACUUCAUGGAGUUUGGCCUGGAGAACUUCUGGCUUGUGUACUUUUCUAGAAAGGCAGUGUAAAGUCUUCAGUUGUCCCCCUGCCAUGUGUUAAUGUUGGAAACAUUGCCAUUUGGAUUUUCUGCCUGAGGUGCCAGUGUGAAGAUUCCUCUGCUGCAGAGGCACGAUGGCUGCGCAUCUCACAGCAGGGACAACGCCCAGCCUCUGCCCUUGGACCUUGACAAUCCUGAGCGCCUCAGGGGAGACUGCAUCCCCUAAUUCUGCCAUGCGAGAUCCAGCAACAUCACAGUUUAAAAUGGAAGGUUAGAGAGAUCCCCAUACAUUUGUUUAUAUACAGAGCUAUUUAAUGUCAUUUGCAAAUCAAAUACUGAUUGUGUGAGAAAGAACAAAACAGAUUUGCAAGGAGUUGAGGGGGCAGUGCCUUAUUCUGGGGGCACUCAAGGGUGCACAAUACCGCCACAUUUUUUUUCUAAAAGAAAAGCAAUUUGAGGGGUAUUGGGAGCAGUAAAUAGUGUAGAAACAGCAAGGAAGAAAAUUCAGGGUAGAUAGUGCGGGGAAGAAGCCCUGUCUAGGGCUUCUCUCUUCUCUGACAGUUUCCCCCCUUCCUUUUGAAUGGCUCUUUUCCUCUCUCUUAAAUGUAAAGGACACCUGGAUGGUUAAGUCCAGUCAAAGUUCACUUUCAGGCCAGGGAGCUGGCAUUUGGCCACAGACAACUUUUGGGGUCAUGUGGCCAGCAUGACUAAACCACUUCUGGUGCAACAGGACACCGUGACAGAAGCCAGAGCGCAUGGAAAUGCCAUUCACUUUCCUGCCACAAUGGUACCUAUUGAUCUACUCUCGCUGGUAUGCUUUCAAACUGCUAGGUUGGCAGGAGCUGGGACAGAGCAACGGGAGCUCACCCAGUCACAUGAACUCAAACUGCCGAACUUGCGAUCAGCAAGCCCAAGAGGCUCAGUGGUUUAGACCACAGCACUACCUGCGUCCCUUUACCUUUACCUCUUCCUUUAACAAUAGCUGGAUGUGCAGAAACUGAGUAGCUGAAGAUUUUCACAUCACUUUUAUUUUGUUAGCUUGAUAUGUCCACAUGGCACAUAUCAAGCUGCUGUUGCACAUGAGCAGGUCAGUAAAAGCAAAAAAUGGCAAUUUAAGCCUCUGAGAUGCAAAUACUUCCUCUGUAUAUAAAAGUGUUGAGAGAGAAUGCAAUUGGGUUGUUGCCAACAAAGUUCUACUUAGAGUAAGCCCACUGAGCUUAGUGAAUCUAAAUUAUCACACCCAUUGACUUUGAUGGGUCUACCCUGAGUAGGACUACCAUUGGAUACAACCCAUUGAUCUUCUGUCUCUGUCCCUAGAUGUCCCUGCCCACAGCAGAAUGACAUGCUUGUUUUUCAGUAGUCAAGUGUACACAGAGAUUAGCAUGGAGGUAGGCUGAGCAACAUACCUGAGCUUGGCUGGGUCUGUCUUUGUCAGCUGCCUUCCAGCCUUAGUCACUUUAGGGUUUUACAGAGUUUAUUGACUGACCUCAAGAGACAGAGGGAAUUAGGCUUCAGGGCAAAACAAAAGACCUCUUUCUGGCUCCAGACACAAACCUAUUUUGCAAACAUGCCUUCAGUUUUUUAUAUUGCCUGUGCAGAGGGGCUGUGAUCGUCUAGGGUGCCAUUUGGGAAGGGCAAUCUUCUCCCUGCCCCUCACAAAUAUUUCACUCCCUUGUCUCUCUAGACAGACGGAUGCUAACAGUAACGCACAAUAAAGCGCCCAGGAAUCUGCCUCAUACUUCUUAAGGCCAUUGGCUGACAGCUUCCAAGGGUUUCAGGCAGUGGUUUCUUACAGCCCUACCUGAAGAUGACGAGGAUUAAAGUCAUCCUUAAUAUGGAAUUUAUUGCCGUUCAAGUUAAGGAAUCCACCAACAAUCUACUAUUUUAGAUACAUGCUUAGGACUUUUAUCCACCUAAGACUUUGUUGCCUUAUACUUUGAAUUAUUAUUGAUCAUCUAUUGGUAUUGUACUUUUAUCUAUAUUGUUCAUGGUGAACAAAUACAUAAUAAAUUAUUAUUAUUAAACACAUUUCUCAUCAUUAAGCCACCAAAGCAGGUGCACACAAUAAAAGUGGAAUAAAACACAGAAUACAAGUUCUGCAAACACUAAAAUCAAUUUAACAAACUCUAAAACAGCAAAACUAAUAAUCAAAUUCCAAAAACAGCAAAACCAUUUCAUCAGAUAUAAAAUUGAUAUUCCGUAAAUAAACAAACCUAGGAUCUGCACUGCAGCAUGUGCUGCCCCACUGAGGCGCGCCCUUCUCUUAAAUUCUGGAAAGAAAAGCACAUUUGCUUUUGUACCAUUAUUUUGCUGAAAUGCAACACAUUUAUUUCUUUUUAAAAGUUUUUAGUAAAUAAGUCUUCGCAGAGAGGAUUGCUAAAGUCACUUCAAGAUACUUCCCUCAGAUAUGGAGAUGAGAGAGAUCAGCUGGUACUAAAAAUAUUGUUAGUCUAAGCAUUUUUAAUGCUCUAAAUUGUAAGAAUUGAAUCUGCAGGUUUCCCCUUCUUGCCCUCUCUAAUGCAUGACAAUCCUGUUUCCUUCAGCUUUAAUGGAUUACAAAGUGUGGAACCAAAGAGACGCAGUGAGAUUUGCACUUUAACUUAUAGUGCAAACAUUCUAUCAUUGGAGUAAGUGAUUAAAUUUGGUGGGAGAGGCAAGACAUUGCCCACCCUGCCUCCAUUCUGGUUUCACUCUUUCAGGUCAGUUUUUCUAAGGCUGCAGUGCAUUUAGUAGGGAGGGACCAAGUCCCGUUGAACUGAAUGGGGCUUACAUCUCCCAAGACGGUGCAUCCGCCUGAGCUGUGCCCUUGUUUUUAACUAAAAUAUGGUGUCAAAAGUCUCAUAAACCAAAUUCAAAAUUUGCUGAAGUUGAAAGGCCAGAUGUAAGACCAUCUCUUUGCAAAGGCCAGUGAGGCAUGAGCUCAUUCAUUGUGAUUUGGAAGUCUGCCUCCUUCUGGCAGCUCCUGCAGUCGAGCUGGUGCCAAAUGUAUUGCUCUGAUUUCUUUUGGACCCCAUCAGUACGGCUGAGAGGGAGACAGCCCAGGACCCCCAUACAAACGGCCCAGGCUUGUGCCCCAAGGAGGUCACACUGGUGCUGCUGACACAGCAGUUUGACUUCACCCCUGGAGGAGCACUCCAUUGUCUCUCGAGACAGGCAGAGGCCAACAGCAGCAGCAAGCCCCACUGAGUGCAAGGGGCUAUUGCCAGGGCAGGACUUUGGGGCAGACACCCUGGGCUCAGCUCACUGGCAUGGGCAGAAAGGGUCCCAGAGGUAGCAGGGCCGGCUUGCCAUAUUUUGAAACAAGUGAAGCGAUACACAUCACCAUCUAAGGGAGGCGAGGCCAUUAAGCCCCAAGUCUAAAAUGCCCUGUUUACUCACAGGUGAGUUCAGACACAAUCUGUGCUGGCAUCAGGGGACCACUGCUGGUUCCUCAAGGAUGCAGGCACUGCUGCUGCUGCCCCUUCUUGUCUUGACCUGCGUAGGAGGGGUGUUGGUGUUGUCUACACUGGUUGGCAGAGGCUCUCCAGCCCCCCCUGGAGAUGCCAGAGUCUGAGCUUCAGGCUGCCUACAUGCACAGCAGAUGCUCUGUCAUGGAACUACGCUCCUUCCUCCGGGUUAGGGCCCUUCCUGCUUCUACUGGACUACCCUGGACUUCUGCCCCAGAGCCCUACGCUGAUGGUGCCACCACUGGCAGUGCAGCCCAGUCCUAGAUGUGUGAAUGUUUUCAGAAGUGAGCCCCACAGAACUCCAGGAAGCUUACUCCCAUAGACGUUAUGGGUUUCUAUUGAUUGCAUAACAUGUAUACACUGCUUGAUUGUAAGAAAACUCAAUGUGGUUUACAAAGAAAAUGUUCACAGUUGCAGCCUUAGCUUCUUUGCAUUAAGAUGGAUGUUCCCAGAGGGCAGUGCAACCUGGGAGGGCUUUUGUCUCUCCUUACAGCCCAGAAUGAAGAGCCUCUGUGCUUCCAGAUGAUGUUGGUCUAACUCCCAUCUUCCCUGGCCAGCAGAGCUUGUGGUCAAGGGCAACCCGGGUUGAAGUCCAGCAACAUCUGGAAGGCCACAGAUGCCACACCCCUGCUUUUGGGUUUAUCCGAAGCACCUAUUGCUGGAAGUGAGAUGAUGGACUAGUCAGCCCUAGAUUUUAAUCAAGCAGCAUGUUGAGAGCCAGGUGGUGUAGUGGUUAAAAUACUGGACUGCAGUUGGGGAGAGCCAGGUUUUCAUCCUCCCUCGGCCACAGCGUUCCCUGGAGGAAGUCUUUUCCGCCUAACCUCCCUCGCAGGGUUGUUGUGCCUAAGCAAUGGGGACGGGGGCCAGAGGUCUUUCUCAGCCUCGGGUCCCCAGAUGGGGUUGGACUACAACGCCCAUCAUUUCUAGCUAGCAGGACCAGCGGUCAGAGAUGCCGGGAGUUGUAGUCCAGCCCCAUCUGGGGCCUUCAACCAGUGCCUUUCCGCUCUCCCGCGAAGAGCGAGCAGGGGCGCCGCGCGAGCCAAGGCGCCGGGCAGCAGCAGCAGCCGCCUGCAGGGGCUCCGGGGCUCCGGAAGGAGGCGCUCGCCUCCGCUCCCUUCGCCGCCGCCGGCCCACCAGGGAGGCGCGUCCGCCCCUUCGCGGGAGCGAGGAGGAGGAGGAGGCGGCGGCGCGGCCAGAGCAGCUCGGGGCGCCCGGGGCAGCAGCCGCCUCCUCCUCCUCCUCCUCCGCCCGCCGCCGGUGUUGCGCUGCGCCGCUUUCCCGCUGCCGCCGCCGCCCGGCCUCUCCGGCGCGCCUCUUCCUCGGCGCCUUCGGGCCCCCCGAGCCCCGUCUGGCGGUGAGUGUCCGGGGGGGGGGGCAGCAGCCCGACAGGUGAAGUUGGCGCAGGAGCUCCGCUCGGGGCUGCGGGGUCUGGGCCGGGGAGGGAAGAACCAAGAUCAGGCCCGAGGUGCGUCCCGUCCUCCCCGCUCUUUGGAACUCCCUGCCUCUUGAAGAUUUUGCGCGCACCGUACAAAUUCCCUCGCUCCUAUUUCUUUCGGGGAUGCUUUCCGCAAUCAAAUUAAGCAAGUUAUUUUUCCCUCCGGUGUCUUUUUAUUGAGGAAAAGGUGGGGGCUCUUAGUUUUGAUUGCCCUGUUCUUGUCGCAUGACUUCAGUUGUUCUUUUUAGCUGUAGCUUAAAGGAGAUCUGUAAAUAAGAGUAAAGAGAUUCCUCGCCGCUCGAACGAGACUCGCAUUCUGGCGUUUCAGGGGCAUUUCAGAGGCUUCGCGAGUCUGGCGACUGAUGGGCUCCCCUUUCAAGGAGAGGGACACCUGGCCCCGAAAAUGCUGCUUCUUCCUCCCAACUCCUUCUGUCCUUCUGUGCUCCUCUCCUCCUGGAAAGGGGGCCAAGGCUCUUCACAGAAUUCAAGCGGACAGGCUCUUGUGCUUGGAGCUUCCAGUCUGCAAUUUGCCAGAGGGGGGGCCACUGAGGAAGGGAGAGGUGAGCAGGUGUCUCUGUUUUUUGGCUCAGGGUAUAUCCAUCACAUGGAGAAAGGAAGCUCUCCUCAAAUCAGGGAUGGGGAGCCUGUCACUCUCCAGCCGUUGUGGGACCCCAUUCCCCUGGCCAGCAUGCCUAGCGGUUGAGAUGAUGGGAGUAGCAUUCCAGCAGCAUCUGCAGGCCAUGGCUAUCGUGACUGACGUGGCACGUGGGGAACCUGCCUGCGGAGAGAAGCUCUUUAGUAUGGAUCUGGUUUGAGAGAGCCCUUACUUGUCUGGGGUGGGUCAGGGAGCGCACCUUUCAGUCCUUCCCAGCACAAUCCCACCCUGUUGUGUGUGGCUACGGAAGAGACCUGGAAUGCUAGCGGAGGACAAGCUGACGCCAUCGGGUGCAGGAAAGCUUAUGCCUCAAUAAAUUUUCUUAGAUUUAAGGUGCCCAGAGUCUUUCCCCGACCCCCUUACCCCCAGGAAGAGUCUAGUCCAGGCAUAGGCAAAGUUGGCCCUCCAGAUGUUUUGGGACUUCAACUCCCAUCAUCCCUGACCACUGGUCCUGUUAGCUAGGGAUGGUGGGAGUUGUAGUCCGAAAACACCUGGAAGGCAGAGUUUGCCUGUGCCUGGUCUAAUCCUUUGGAAUGUGGUCACCUUGUGUCAAUGUUGUCUCUGAACGGAGGUCUGUCUCUGGUGGGCUUGCUGAUUCACUCCCUCCUCCGAAAGGUUUGCCCUGAAAUUGGUUCUCAUUGCCAGGUAAUAUAAUAAAGAACUGCGUGCCCUUGAGCAUGUGCAGAGUGUCUUUCUCUCCAUUCAAUAGCUACAUAACAGCAGCACUCUCCCUGCUUGUGAUGCCAGCCUUAGAUCAGGGGUCCUCAAACUACAGGCCGUGGUCCAGAUCCGGCCCGUCAGGGUCCUGAACCCAGCCCGGCCAGCAAUUGCAGAACUCAUUGCUGUCUGAUGGGUCUAUGGCGAAAGGAAGUACAGCAUCCCAUGUGCGAGUGCGACCUUGGCAUCCGGCGUCUGUUCAUAGCGCGUGUGGCUGGUUGGUUGUGGGGAGGGGGGGCGGUGUGCAUGCAACAGGAGGGAUGAUGUGAUCCUGCGCAUGCGCAGCAGGCUGCUCGGCGCUUUUGCAUUCUCUCUAUCUCUGGUCCGUGGCUGAGAGUUCCUUUGGCUGUGCUGCGUGAGGCAAGAAACUUGAGUGAGGCAGCCACGGGGGGGGGGGGAGGUCAGCCGCCCCCUGCUUUCCCUUUUCAGCUGCUAAUCUCAUUAGCCAAAAGCAAGUCCAUACUUCCCAUUGAAAUACUUAUAUAUAUAUUUUUUAAAUGAUAUUUAUUAAAAUUUCAGAAACAAAAAAUUACGUAGUUAAAAAUAAAAAAGACAAGGUAAAAUACAAAAAAAGAGAAAAAACAUACAAAGUAUAGAAAAAAAGAAUUAGAAAAAACACUUAAAAACAAAUUAAUCCUUCCGUAUCUUACAUUUCAUUUCCUUACUUCCCUGACCUCCUCUCACCUCCCUUUUUCGUAUUCCAAUUCCAUUGGUUAAUUCAGCAAUUCCUUUCCCUCUCUGUUUUUAUCUUAAUCCUUUAACUUAAUAUAUUAUAGCUUUAGAUUCUCACCUAUUAACCAUCCAUUUUUGCAUACACCUUCAUGACAUUGCUGCUAAAACCACUUAACUUCAUUCUGGCAUCAUUCUAACAUUCAUUAAUUUUACAAUAUUUCUGUAAGUAGUCUUUAAAUUUCUUCCAAUCUUCUUCCACCGACUCUUCUCCCUGGUCACAGAUUCUACCAGUCAUUUCCGCCAAUUCCAUGUAGUCCAUCACCUUCAUCUGCCAUUCUUCCAGAGUGGGUAGAUCUUGUGUCUUCCAGUACUUUGCAAUAAGUAUUCUUGCUGCUGUUGUAGCAUACAUAAAGAAAGUUCUGUCCUUCUUUGGCACCAUUUGGCCGACUAUGCCCAGGAGAAAAGCCUCUGGUUUCUUCAGAAAGGUAUAUUUAAAUACCCUUUUCAUUUCAUUAUAAAUCAUCUCCCAGAAAGCCUUAAUCCUUGGGCAUGUCCACCAAAGGUGAAAUAAUGUAUUGCCUAGAAUGUUGUUUUUGUUUCAAACAUUGCAAGUUUUGGACAAAAUGGAUUGCUUCAAGAAGUGGCAGAGAGAUAUUUCUAGAUUUGUCUGGCAGGGCAAGAAGCCCAGAAUAAAAUUUAAAAUAUUAACGGAUGCAAAGGAAAGAGGUGGAUUUGCCCUGCCAGACCUUAAACUUUAUUAUGAAUCAGCAGCUUUUUGCUGGCUGAAAGAAUGGCUGCUUCUUGAAAACACAGACAUUUUGGACUUAGAAGGUUUCAAUAAUGUAUUUGGAUGGCAUGCAUAUUUGUGGUAUGACAAAGUCAAAGCACAUAAAGCAUUUAAGAAUCAUAUUGUCAGGAAAGCAUUGUUUAAUGUCUGGAUAAGAUAUAAGGAUUUAUUGGAAAAUAAAACCCCAAGGUGGUUGUCACCGAUGGAAGCGAAAGCACUGAAAAAGCUCAAUAUGGAGGCCAAAUGGCCGAAAUAUUGGGAAAUUCUGGAACAAGAGGGAGACAGAUUGAAAUUGCAGAGUUUUGAGAAACUAAAAAACAAAGUGCGAGAUUGGCUUCAUUAUUAUCAGAUAAUGGAGGCAUAUAAUUCGGACAAGAAAAUUGGCUUCCAGGUGGAAAAAUCAAAAUUAGAAACAGAACUGUUAGAACCCAAAACUAAGACUUUAUCAAAGAUGUAUAACUUGCUGUUGAAAUGGAAUACUCAGGAUGAAACGGUGAAAUCUGCUAUGAUUAAAUGGGCACAAGACGUUGGACAUAACAUUAUGUUUGCUGACUGGGAACAGUUAUGGACCACAGGUAUGAAGUUCACGGCAUGCAAUGCCUUAAGAGAGAAUAUUAUGAAAAUGAUAUACAGGUGGUACAUGACACCAGUCAAGCUUGCAAAAAUCUAUCAUUUGCCCGACAAUAAAUGUUGGAAAUGUAAAGAAACUGAAGGUACAUUCUUUCACCAUUGAAAUAGUUAUAAGUUUAUGUUGAUUAAAAUUGUUCUUCAUUUUAAAUAUUGUAUUGUUUUUCCUGUUUUUUGUGCACCACAAAUAAAAUAUGUGCAGUGUGCAUAGGGAGUCGUUCAUGUUUUUUUCAAACUAUAGUCUGACCCCCAACAGUGCCUGAGGGACAGUGAACUGGCCCCCUGCUUAAAAUGUUUGAGGACCCCUGCCUUAGACCCUGGAAAUAGUCGUCAUGGCUGGGCACUAAUAGCCAUUGAUGGCCUUUUCCUUCAGGAAUUCAUCCUGUUCUCUUGUAAAGCCAUGCAAGUGGUGGUCACUGCGACUUAUUGUUGGAGCAAAUUCUGUAGUUUAGCUGUGUGUGAGGAACUUCUUUAGUCUGCCUGGAAUCUCCCAACAUUCAGAUUCAUUGGAUGGUUCUGGGAUCUAGGUAGGAUUAGGAGAGAGUGAGAUGGAGAGCAGCAUCUCUCUCAGUGAAAAAUGUUUCUGGGGCAGAAUGUGGCCCACCCGGAUGCACCUCUCAUUUUAACAUUCAAGCAUGUUCCCUGCACCCCACAUUUUCAGACUCUGAUUUGCGUGCUGCGUGUGCCACAGACUUGGCCAGCUCACACAGCUCUUUAUGGCAGUGUGGUAAUGACAGGAGCGGAGGAGUGACUUGACUAAGCUCUGUGAACACCAGCAGGGGUGUGACAGGGACUAUUCUUGGAUGGGUGAGAAGACUUCAUAGGAGCCUCCUGUUUUCUCUUCUCAUUGGGGUUUAGCCCCAGGACUUUUCCAGUUCUCCUGCAUUGAUCUGCUUCAGAACCUAUUGUGUUUCCUAAUGGGGGGGGGCCCUCGUUGGAAUGCUUGAUCGCUUUCAUUUCUUUCCCACAAGUUUGGCAUAUGGAGUUGACUUGUCUUUCCAAACUGAUUCCGUUUUGAUUAUAGUAGCAACUAUCUAGAUGCCUCCGAGAAGCUUGCAAGGUUGCUUCCCUCUUUGGUAUGCUGUCCCAGUGAUAUAGUGCCCCUGCACAUGGAGGCUUCAUUUUGCUCCUAGGAAGUGAAAUAGUUCCUGGAGGUAGCACUUAAGCCCUUCAGGCUGCAAAGGUAGACUUGAUAGUUACAGACGAUGCAUGACAAACAUCAUCAAGCCAGCUUCUCAGAAGUUGCAAAGCUUCAUAGCACUGCAAAAUUCCUCGCCCCGUAUUUAUUGAAAGCAGAAUUAAUUAUGAAGAAUAAGCAAGCUUAAUUUGCUAGUAUUUGGCAUGAUUGGUACACUUUUCAGAAUUCAUCUUUUCAAGACACAGAAUUUGUAUUUCAUAUAUAAUGUAAUAUUUAGGGUUGUAGUCGAUGCUAGUCCUACUCAAAGUAGACUUACUGAACUUAAUGGGCAUGACUCAGGACAGUAUUCAAAUUGCGCGUUCCAUCUGCACAAGGAUUUCUGCUUGUGUGACAGAACUUCAUCCCCGCUUCUUGUCCUACAUCCUUCCCAAAUCAGCUCCAAAGGGUUGGGGGAAUCUCUAGAACAGGCAUAGGCAAACUCUGCCCUCCAGAUGUUUUGGGACUUCAACUCCCAUCAUCCCUGACCACUGGUCCUGUUAGCUAGGGAUGAUGGGAGUUGAAGUCCCAAAACAUCUAGAGGGCCAAGUUUGCCUAUACCUGGAAGGAAAGUUGGACUAGAUGACCCUUGGGUCUCAUUCAGCGCUAAGAUUCUAUGUUGCGCAUGUGGGAAUCCUUGCACUGGUGGAACAUGGGCACUUAGGCUUGUGUCCAGUGUAGCACUAACAGGUUUCUUUAUUUUGGUGGGUUCGCUAUGCUUUGAACUGAGUUGGAUGCAACUCUUAGUUCAGAGAAUAUGCAUGGCCCUCAGGCCUCCCCUUGAGCUAUUCAGGAUCUGCUCCCCCCACCCCAGGGUGUGUUUUGGAGGAAGCUGCUCUCCAGACAAUGGGGGAAGCUUUUACUUUGGAUCAGCUGCCAAGUGCUGAUCCACCCCAAUAUUUGAUCCAGUCCAAUAGGGAAAGCAGCAACCUCCUAAUCCUGCUGCAAUUACACAUAAAGCCAAGGUUUGGGGCUGGGCUGCUGUAAACCCAGUUCUUCCUUCUUUCCUUCCAGAUGAGGUGUUAACUGUUUGCUCAUAUAUCCAUUGCUAUUUCUCAGUUUAUUACCAAGGUAGAUCUGGCCCUAAGUUUGGUCCUAUCCAGGCUGCAUUAAUGUGGGGCAUCAGGAGUGUUGUGUUAGCAUUUCCUCACUUUGCUGUUGAGCGGAGUUCAGGAUUUCACGGUGGACUAUGUGGGUGAACAGAGGCUGGUGUGACUCUGCUGAUUCUCUCAAGUGAGCUGAGGGUGUCAAAGUUUUGCCUUUCCUUGGGACGCUCGGGCUCAAUUGGAGGCUGUUGCUGCAUGCCUUAAAAUAGCCAGUAUUAUAAGGUAGGAGCAAGUCUCUCACAAAUAAAGCUCCACUUGCCAUUUGAUCACUGUUGUUCUUUCAUCUGGGCUCUUUUUAUCACUGUUAACUCUAAUGGCUAACAUGGUUCAGUUCAGCUUCUUUUGUUAUAGCCAUUUCAAAAGGCCAUGAAAAACUUAAAUCAUCAAAAGAUGAGUUGUUGUUUCCACCCAUCUGUCUCGACAGACAAUGGAGUGUGCCUCUAGGGGUGAAGUCAAACUGCUAGAGAAUCACAGCACCUGCUGUGGCUGCAGAGACCAGGAACUCACAACUGCUGCUUGCCUCCCACAUUGUUUUUGCUGCACUAGCAGCAUCAAAGUGACUUCUCUGGGGCUCAAGCCUGGGCCGUGUGUCUGGAGGUCCUGGGCUGCCCAGAUAACAAGACUCCCCUCUUUCUCGGCCUCACUGAUGGGGUCCAAAGGAAAGCAGAGCAAGACGUUUGGCAUCAGCUUGGCUGAAGGAGUUGCUGGAAGGAGACGUACAAGGUGCCAUCCAACUGUCUUCAGGACUCCACUCCGGAUUUGUGUAGCCUUUCUUCUCUUGCAUGAUUUCCCGCAAGGCAGCAGGCAUGGAUUUUUCCUCUGUGUGUGUUUUCUCCCAAAGACUUUCUCACAAAUGAGUAUAGCUUAACUUAAUGUAACUUAAAAGAAAUCUAGGGUUCUUCUGUGAUCUAGUUGAUAGCAUUCCAUGCCCUGAUGUCAGCAUGUUAUAGACAAAGUAUCCUGCAGGCUCUCCACCUAGUCACAAAACCUAUGUGGCCAGAGUUCCUGAAUGGGUGCAAAGCCUACGGCUGUUUGCACUAAGGCUCCCCUUUCAAGCAGCGGUGGAGAACCAAUCCUCCAGGCUACAUGGCUGCUCCACACCACUUCUUUGAAACAUUCUGCUUUGCAUGCAGAAGGUCCCAGGUCCAGUCCUCCAGUAUUUCCAGGUAGGACUGGGAGGGUUCCCUACACCUGUCCCUACUUUAAAGCAUUGCACUUAAUGUGCAGACACUGGGAUGCGUGGCCAACAGUGGGGGCAGAACUCAGUCGCCCUGUCCUCUCCAUGCAUUAGAUGUACACAAGGAACAAGGAAGGGGAAUCUGACCGCACUGUUAGUGAGCAAUUGGGAAAUAACACGGCUUGCAGGCUUCCCUCUCACACUAAGUAAAAGGGCGAUGGAUAGUUUUUAAGACUAUAAGAAGAGUCUGCAAGAUCUGGCCAGCGGCCCAUCUAGUCCAGCAUCCCCUUCUCACUGUGACCAACCAGGUGCCUGUGGGAAGAAAGCAAGCAGGACCUGAACGCAACUCUCGUGAACUGGUAUUUGGAGGCAUCCCACCUCUGGCAGUGGAAGAAGAACAUGACCCUAGCCUUAUCCUCCAUGAUUUUUGUCUAAUCUACUGUUUAAACCAACCAAGCUACAACUGUUUUUAGGGUACCUUAAAAAAACACACCCCUACUUGUGGUGGUCACAUUUAUGAAUGAAUCUUUUCCUCAGUGCAGGGUGACUUAGGGCACAUAGUGGCAAAUUCCAAGUUGAGCAAUUGUAGUAAUGGAUAUGGUGCUCUUGUGCAACACCCCCCCCCCAAACCAGACUUUCUGUGGUAAGGAAAGUGAUGAGGAAAUGCCCUGGAAAGUGUGAGAUAACAGUUGCUUCACACCCACCCCAUGUAACCUCCCCACCAACAAAUCAGAGUGACUGCUCAGUGGGCAGACAAUGCCAUAUAUCCUCCCUACAACCUUUGUGCAAACAAAUCAGAAUAAAUGCUCAGUAAGAAGGCUGCCUGCAGUGACAUCAGGUGCUGCUCCCUCCUUAAAUCUCAGCAGUGCUGGCUUGCACUCAUUGGGACUGGCCGGCCAGAAGGCAGAGAGACCAGCAGUUGGUGAAGCCAGAGCCAAUGACUGGCAGAAGCAACUAAGACUUGUUUGGUCUCUUUCCUCUGCCCUGCUAGCUCUAAAAAGGCAAACUGCCCCAUAUCUUUUGAGGAAAUUGUGUGGCUCUUUCUUCUGAGGAACUGCCUGUCUGUCUCCCGCUCCUCCACCUUAAUAUUGGGAUUUUUUUUAAAGCAAAGAAUGUGCCAGAAUCUCCCUGUCCUUCUUCCUAACACAAUGUUCUCCCUUUCUCUGGUAUCUCAUAAUUUCCCACACUAGUCUGAUUCAUUUACUACAUCCAUCUCCCUCUGUUCCUCCAAAGGGCUCAAAAUGUCAUUCAUGGGCCUCCCCACUUCUUCCCAGGGGCAGACUUUGGUAAUAUGGUGCCUUGAGCAAGGAUUUGGCACCUCCUAACUUUGAGUAAAAUAUAAAUAUAGGUUGCAGCAUUCUUCUUGUUGUUGUUCUUAAUUCACCCUCUGGGCUUGGCACCCUGGGCUGCCCCUUCCUCUGUGUUUGAUCCUCACAGCAACCCUCUAGGCUUAGCCCUGUAGGCUAAGAUCAGUUGACUGGCCCAAGGAUGCCCAGGGAGCUUCAUGGCGGAGUGAGGAUUCAACCCUUGGCUGCCAGGUCCUGGUCUGACGCUCUAACCACUCCUCCACACUUGCUGUCAGUUGAUCUUGGCAGGAUAGUUCCGGCUCCCAGGCUGAGCUACAAAUCUGUUACCAGUUUUUCAGCUCCUGCUAAAAACCCACCUGGGGACGUGUGGGGUAUGGGGCUUCCACAUGUUUUUAAUGGGCAGUGAGCGGCCCUCCCGCCUCUGUCUGGCCUCCUCCAGAUCCUCUGCUCCCAGGCCUUGCUCCCUUCUUCUCCAGCUCUUUUGCCUGGCUGGGAUGUGUCAUGGAGCUGCAGUAAUGGCUCUUGCCUGCCUGAAGGGAGAGAUGUAGGAGCAGAAACGGUUGACCUUUGUGUAACUGAAACGACAUAAAGAUGGGAGUCACAUCCGCUGCCCCACCCAGGGAGAUGCCUAUGAAGAAAUGCAGCCUUCAGGCUGACAAUGCCCCCCCCCCGGCCACUCCUUUCAAUGUCAUAUUUAGGGUUUCAACCGCCUUGACCGGUUGAGGAAGCCUAUUAAGAUGGACACAUUUCUAUUUUUUGUUUUGAAGAAUUUAUAAACUGCUUGAUUAAAAACAAACCAAUCCCUAAGUAGUGCGCAUAAAACAAUUAAUAAUAUACAAAUAAAACCAGCAAAGUUUUAAAUAUUCAAAACUAAUUUUAUGUCUGGAUAGGCAUGCUGAAUGUUUUUUUUUAAGCAGUUUUCUGAAGCAGUACAAGGCGAGUUUCUGCCUAGUGUUUAUAGGCAGGGAGUUCCAAAGCACAGGUAGCUGCCACAAAACAAGACAGACACGCAGAUGCAGAACAAAUAUCAUGUCGCACUUGUAAAAGUGCACAAUCUGCAGAUCAAAGCGGUUGAAUGGGUUUGUAGCGGGCAAGGUCCCAAGCUGUUAAGGGCUUUAUAUACUGAUAAUAAGACCUUGAAUUUUGUCUGGUAGCAAAUCAGCAGCCAGUGCAGAUCUUUGAGCAGAGGCAUCAUGUGCUAGCAGGAUCUCACUCUUGUUAGCAAGAUGGUCACACACUGUGUUUUAACAUAGGGAGCUGCAACAGGUCCUUCAUCUGGCAAGGUGAGUUCUGGUUGAGCCAUCUGUCACUCAUCCUUCCACUCAUCCUUCAGGCAGCAGACACCUGAAAACAUUUAAAGUGGUGCCUGCACGUUAUUUAUUUUAUUUUUAUGUGUAAACUGCCCUUCAACUUGAAGGUUCCCAGGGCAGUUACAACAUUUGAUUAAAAUAUAAUACAACAGACAUAGCUUUCAAAAACCACAGAAUCAAUAAACAUCCUCUACUUCCUAACACAAUCAUAGAAUACCACAGUAAGGCAGCAGCAAAGGAAUCGGUCCUUAAACCAGCUAGGUCCAUAGGUCUGAACCAGCAAGCGCUUCUCCCAUAGAUUUGUAGUGGUAGACUAGCAUAGAUGAUCUGAUCUGUGAGUUUACUUCGGGCCAUAGCUGUCAACUUACAGAUUUGAAAAUAAGGGACCAGCAGCCAAAAUAAGGGACCUGCAGCCUCACCUGUUCCAGGCACUCCAGUCUUCCUGUCCUCCUGCUGUCUGGUCAAACUCAUGCUGGUAGCUUCGAGAACACUGCCCAACCAACUUUGUAACCAGAGGUUCAACUGAAUAGAAUCUGAAUCACAUGCACCACAAGGCCUAUGCAGCCUCAACUUAAGAUGGCUCCCCGGCCUGGCUUUGCACUGCAAAGUUUGCAGCAGCACGUGCAACAAAAUGGCAUCCAGCAUUCAAAAACCCCCUCAGCUUGCAUUAACUAGCCACACACAAGGCAUGCAAGCUCCACCCCCCAGUCGUUCUUAGACUUAUUGGGUGAGCAACACAGCCUAGCAACACAGUUGGAGCCUCCCUCCUCCCUGGCCGGCAGGGAGGGAGGGAGAGGAGCUGCUUCCUUUGAAAUUUAAGGGACAUUUAAGGGACAUCCAUCAAUAAGGGACAGCAGCGGGACAUGGCGCUGGAAUAAGGGACUGUCCCUUCAAAUAAGGGACACUUGACAGCUAUGCUUCGGGCACUAUUCCCCCCCCUUCCUCCCACCCCGCUUGAUGGAACUGAGAGCUGCAGAUGGAGCACGAGAGAAAAGAUACAGAAGUGCAGCAGCAUCUUCAUAGCUUGGACUUCAUUUUGCGCUAAAAGUGGUUGCUGCUUGUAGUUAUUUAAUGGCAGCGUUUCAUCAGCUGGUGUCUUGAGCAGCAACCUCUGGAAACGAAGGGCUAAAAACCGGCGCUGCUCUCCCAAAUUAUCUGGUCCCUUUUCACUUCGUAUUUCAGCUGGUUGACUAAAAUCCCUUAUUUUGGCUGCUGAUCCCUUAUUUUCGAGGCUGCUGGUCCCAUAUUUUCAAAUCUGUAAGUUGACAGCUAUGCAUAAUUCGCACUUUCUGAAACAAUACAUGAACCAAAAGGCAGUCAGCCUUCUCUGAAUCUUGCAAUGCCAUUUUCCAGCCACGUAAUGUUGUGUAUGCUAAGGUAAGUGUGCAUUAAAAUGCAUGCAUUGAUGAAAGUAACAUUGAUGAUGUAAUGCAGAAAUUCAUUACAUUAGGGAAAAUGUUAUUUGCCAAAGUGUAUAAAUUAUGCAAAAUUGCAUACAAAAAUGUGUAUGUUGGAAAUUCACAGUAAAAGGCUGAUGAGGACUUAAAAACAAAUGAUGCGGGAAUGCAGAGAACUGAACAUAAGAUUGAAAAAAUGAGAAAUUGACAGAGACGGCAACUGAUUGAUUCACCCACCCCUUGUGGAGACUUGGUUCAUUGCGGUCUUAGCCCCUGGGCUGUUGCCGGCAAGGUCUAUCUGCCCCCCCCCCCCCGCAUAAACAGCCGUGGCAUGCUCAGGGAUGUGUCAGCCCAGCAUCCUCUCCUGGGAGGUUGUGCUUUCAUGCAAACUUCCCAGCCUCAGCUGCAAAAUAUAUGAAUCAGGUCUUGUGGCUGUGAACUUCCUGCCUGGUUCUCCGGGUGCUUUUGCUUGUCUUCUGCCUCCCCCACCAAAGCCUCCUGGGCCAGCACUGCUCUCCCCCCCCCCCUUUCCUGCUUCUUGAUGAGAAGGAAGCAAUAUGGUGUGGCCUACGGCACCAAAUGUCUGGCGCUGACAAUUGCUUGCGUUUCUGGGGACCUCCCUUCCUCUCCUAGAUCUAGGAGCCACUCCCACCCUGUAAUGAGCCCUCUCUUGCUCCUCAAGGCAAAGUGACCUCCUGCUUUUUUGCUGUCUCUCUAAAUUGUUGCUCCAUAGUGGUGGCAGUUAAGGGACGCAGGUGGCGCUGUGGGUUAAACCACAGAGCCUAGGACUUGCCGAUCAGAAAGUCGGCGGUUCGAAUCCCCGCGACGGGGUGAGCUCCCGUUGCUCAGUCCCUGCUCCUGCCAACCUAGCAGUUCGAAAGCACAUCAAAGUGCAAGUAGAUAAACGGGUACCGCUCUGGCGGGAAGGUAAACAGCGUUUCCAUGCGCUGCUCUGGUUUGCCAGAAGCGGCUUAGUCAUGCUGGCCACAUGACCCGGAAGCUGUACACCAGCUCACUCGGCCAAUAAAGUGAGAUGAGCGCCGCAACCCCAGAGUCGGCCACGACUGGACCUAAUGGUCAGGGGUCCCUUUACCUUUACCUAGUGGUGGCAGUUAUGCCCAUUUUCUGCCUCAUUCUAGCUGAUAAACACACACUGCCAUUGCUGCUUCUCCAUCCCUUGUUGUUGUUGUUUAGUCGUUUAGUCAUGUCCAACUCUUCGUGACCCCAUGGACCAGAGCACGCCAGGCACUCCUGUCUUCCACUGCCUCCCACAGUUUGGUCAGACCCAUGGUGGUAGCUUCAAGAACACCGUCCAACCAUCUCGUCCUCUGUCGUCCCCUUCUCCUUGUGCCCUCCAUCUUUCCUAUCUUUCCCAAUAUCAGGGUCUUUUCCAGGAAGUCUUCUCUUCUCAUGAGGUGGCCAAAGUAUUGGAACCUCAGCUUCAGGAUCUGUCCUUCCAGUGAGCACUCGGGUCUGAUUUCCUUCAGAAUGGAUACGUUUGAUCUUCUGGCAGUCCAUGGGACUCUCAAGAGUCUCCUCCAGCACCAGAAUUCAAAAGCAUCAAUUCUUCGGUGAUCAGCCUUCUUUAUGGUCCAGCUCUCACUUCCAUACAUCACUACUGGGAAAACCACAGCUUUAACUAUACGGACCUUUGUCGAUGACGUAACAUCUCUGCCUUUUGAGAUGCUGUCUAGGUUUGUCAUCGCUUUUCUCCCAAGAAGCAGGCGUCUUUAAUUUCGUGACUGCUGUCACCAUCUGCAGUGAUCAUGGACUUCUCCAUCCCUGGAAGUCCAUAAACCUUCAAGCAGCAGGUCACAAUCUGGCUGGCUGUCUUCUGAAGAAAGACAAAGAGGUCAGUGGAAAGAGGAGAGAGAGAGAAAUAUGUACAGUGUACCUCUGGUUGCAAACGGGAUCCGUUCCGGAGGCCCGUUCGCAACAUGAAAAGAACGCAACCCACAGCGGCGCGUCUGUCCACGCUUGGGUUGCAAUUCGCCGCUUCUGUGCAUGAAAGACUUGUGGCCAAAUUGGAAGUUGCAUGGAAGUUUCGGGGCUCCUGCUUCCACUUCCUUGUUAAGGAAGGAAAACCACAUUGCAGUAGGAUGUUUUCCUCUCUGUGGCUUCAGGAAGAGGAGAUUAGCAUUUGGGAAUUGUGGGAAUGUCAGAUAAUUCUGUCAAAAACAGACAUGGAAGUGGAAUUGCAGUGUUGAUGCUCUGGCAAGGUAAACCCACCAGAGGGUACAUUGCCAAACUUGGAGCUCUGCAUGACGUCUGGUGUGGACCUUGGGCUAUGCAGGGAGCAGAAGCAGGGCUAGAGGGCCUCUUGGGACUGGUUCACAUGUGUGAACCAAUCUGGAUAACCUAAAUAUCAGAAGAGCAUUUAAUUCAUUAGUCUACAGAGCAUAACAUGCAUGCUCAUCACUUGAUCGCAAGUGGUCACUUGCAUGUGAGAACCGGCUCUUGCUUGCUCCAUCUGGCAUGGCCGUCUUCCCAGCAGGCCAAGCAUCAUACAGCUGUGCUGGCAGGAGUUCAAAGUAAGUGUAGCCCAAAACAUCUGGAGGGCACCUGGUUGGGGAAGAGAAAUCUAGCAGUGAAAAUGAAGGCAUGCAACAACAUAUUUUAUUGGGCUCCACUUACUCAGCCUAGAUGUGUGCUGCUGGGAAUAUGCUACUAUUAUUACAUAUUUAGCAGUUAUGAUUGUAAUUAUUUUAAUUAAUAGCCAUUCCAGGUUAGCCCUUUCUAGUCGGCUUUGCUGUCACAUUCUUUGUCAUAAAAAUCUAGGGUCACCAUUGUUCACUUUGUUGCAGUUGGGAUUCCAGGUUAGGAGAAAACAUGCCCAAGCAAAGCACAGGCAAUAAACCAUCAACCUGACUGUGAGGGACAGAGCAAAAGAAAAGUUGGAUUUAUAACUUUUAUUAUCACCUGGAGAGCAUCACUGCAGCUGCUGUUACUGCUCCUCCAGGUGUCUGACAUGGUUAGAUCUGCAACUUGCUCUGCGCCCUUCUCUGCUUAGAGCUCCUUUCCUUGUCAGGCACUUGUGGUUGGCAAGGAGGAACCUGCAGGCUGGGGGGGAGGCGGGCGGGGGGCGGAAGUGAGGUCUGUGACAGGAAGGCAAAUGUCGGUCGCAUCAUGUGGUCUAGGAAGGAACCAACUGUUUUUCAGUCUUCAAGUUCCCCUUCUGGAGGGUGACUGUGCAGGAGAGGAACAGGGCUUUGGGGUGUGCUGAAUCUUUGGAGACAAUUGCUGCACCUCAGUUUGGGGGUUGUAGAGGUAGGUCCAGGAUUUGAGGUCUCCUGAACAGAGCCGGGGCUGCAAUUGCUUGGAGAAUUGUGUGGUUUGGGGGUUCUAGCCCUGACAAAAAAAUUGGGAAGCCCACUUCUAGGGUCCUUGAGUUGACAUUAUGGACUGUGUUUCUCUGUGAGGGAAAUUGCAAGGUGCUGGAGAAAAUAAUAUCUGAGGUAGAGGUAUCUGAGGUAUUUGGGGGGGAAGAUUCCAGCUGAACUGUUGGAGAAUAUUCGUAUGUAAUUUCAGCCCCCAUGAACAGAGUGGAGAACUUAGGGAACAACUGUUGAUGAAAUUUUAUUAUUCAAAUGUAAUUGGCGGCAGCAGUGGGCUUGUCCCCUACUCCUUCCAGUCUUCUCCUCCUCCAGUGAGAAGGCCCAUUGCUUCAUUCAUCUACCUGUAUGACCACCAACAAUAUAGAGGCAUCCUCCCACUUACUUGGGCCCCCACAUGCAUAAAUGAAAAUUGUGUAAGUGGGGGAGCACCCUCUAAAAAGCUUCUAAACGCCUGUUUUUUCCUGCUCCCCCACUCUCCACACAACUUUUUCUUUAACUAGAGUUGAAGCUCUGGGGCCUCCUGGAGGAUGUGCGGAAAGGUGGCUGCUGCUGCCCUACCGCCUGCAUCGGCUGCUAGGCAGGGAGGCUGAGCAGCCUUAACAAAGCCCCACUGGACCUCGUGUCUCUUUGGGGCUUCCUCCGUCCUCACUGAUGUCCUCCUUGGGCCCUGGGGAGGGUUUCCUCACAAACCACAAGGACUCUCUAGCUCUCUCCUGCCAUUUCCUCAUAUGAUUUUAUUUAUUUAUUUAUUUAUUUAUUUAUUUAUUUCCCAGUGCUGUGCAUGCAAGUGGUCACACACAAGUCAAUCACACAUAUGGGGGGGGGGGUUGUGCCUGUGCAGUUUAACUUGAUAGUAGCCAAGCUGAAAUUUCUCAAAAGGGAACUUACUUAGACUUUCCUCUCUCUCUAAUAUUUGUUAUGUUUCUUUUGAGAAGGCUCUUUCUGCUAGUUGUUAGCAUGGUCACCCUGCUUGCAAAUUUAAGGCCGCUUUUGACACUCUCCACUGGCUAGUUUCACUCAUGGCGGUUUUGCUUGCAUGAGCUGGGAGUUUGCUGGAUCCAGUCACUGCUGCAUCACCUUUAGGUUUCCAGGAAGCUGCUGUGCCUGAUAUUGGUGGUUCCCCAGCCUUAAAAAGAAAAGCCACGUUGCACACAUGAACCAGAUGCCUCAUGGUUCACUCCAGUAGCUGCCUAGCAAGAGCUGCAGAGCAGGGAGGAAGAAGGAACUCGGGGCUAUUUCGUUGCCUCUGUGGAAAGAAUAGCUGCCUUUGACCCUCUCUCAGCUGUCAACUUGCAGCAGCCAUUCCCCUGCUUCCACCCCAGCUGGUCACUUACUGGUCAUUGUAACUGGUGCCUGUGGUUGCUUUCUUCAUCCUCCCUCUGCAUCUUUUUGCUUAGGUGUGAUGUGUUUUAGACUGUAAGCCUGAGGACAGAAAAUGUCUUACUUCUGGUCUUCAUAUGCUGCUCUGAGAGCCUCUUCAACUAAAGAGCAGAAUAAAAAAUAAAAAAGCUUUACAUGACCAACUAAUAAAUGAAUGAAUAGAGUUGUCCUGGUAAUUGGGGAGGAAGAGGCAGAGCAUCUGCUUAGCAUGUGGAGCACCCCAGGUUCAGUCCCCAGCAUCUCCAGGACGGGGUGGAAGGAAGCCUUGCCUGAAAGAGCUGCUGCCAGUUGCUGUGGACAACACUGCACUCGACUCGGCGGCACAAGGCAGCGUCCUCUGCUUCCGGGGCCAAGAGCACUUCCUCAUCUUCUCCCUCCUGGAACGCACAGCCAUUCCUUCCUAUUAUCCACCAACAUUCCCAUCACCCUCUCUUGACAGAAUUCUUAUCCUUUGCUUUUCAGGCCCACAGGGUCUGCUGGUGGAACUGCCAUGGCGGUGAAUGUGAAUCUCAUGGGUCCUGCUCCAUGGGGCUUCCGCAUCACAGGGGGACGGGACUUCAGGAAGCCCAUCAUAGUAUCUAAGGUAGGUACCCUGUCUCCUGUUUCUCCCACUGGCUGCCCAUAUAGUGCAGCAGAGCUCCCCUUCUGGCCUGUGGGCCACAUGAUGGAUGUUGCUGAUGGGGUAGGCAGUUCUGCAUGGAAAAUGACCUGCUGCUUCUUAUACUGCUGUCUUGUACUCUGGAAAGUCAGACAGCGAGAGAUCCACACACAGCAAGGAAACGUAAAGUGUGUAUAGCAAUGAAACUUAACUCCCACACCGCCCUCUGCUAACCAGGUAAGAUUGUCUGCUGUUCCUUACUUGGAACCUUCAAUCAAGAAGGGAAAAGGGGGCCCCUGCAUAAAAAGGUUGCCGUGUGGAAAACCCUGGUCAGGGUUCCAGUCACUCCAUUCCAUUUUCCGUCUUCUCUAGUUUUCUGUUUCAUUGCCCUCCCUCAGUUAGCCAGCAUUUUGUACCUGCUGAGCCUGCUCAGUCCUCGUGUUUCAUUUUCUUAAACAAUCCACAAAACAUAAGCAUCCUCCCGGGUUUUAUACAUCUCCCGCCAAGGAACAUGUACAAGGAACAUUACAUUAGGGAAAACUGUUUUGGAAAAUGGGGUAUACUAAUAAAAACGGCAUACAAAAAUAUGUUUAUUAGGAUAAAUUCACAUUAAUAUGUUGAUUAAUUUUCAUGGGGGUAUUUUUUUUUAACGUGCAGAUUGCUGCAGAAAUGUGGAGAGCUGAAUUUAAGUUUUAAAAAAUUAGAAAUUGAGAGAAACCAAAAUUAACAGGUUUGUCCAUCCCUUUUGGUGCCCUGUCCCACUUAUUUUAAAAUCUUGUCUUUCUUGAUUGAUUUCCAUUGCCAGUCCCCAGUUCCAUCCCUAGGGACAUUUAAAAACACCUUCUGAGUGUGAGACAGGAAAGGACCCAACCAAACUCGGUUUUCACGGAGCUUGUCUCUUCCUCAGUCUUCCGUUUCCAGCCACUCUCUUCCUCUGCCCUCCCACCUGGUUGUCAGUUUUCCCCUUUCAAUAGCUGUUCAGAAUUCUGUGGGCCCUGAGUGUUUUCCCAAGUGCACAGUGGUGCCGCCUUGGCUGCACAAGUAUGAGCACUCAAAACAUUGGAGGCAGAAUUAUAGAGAUGGGAUGCUAACUGGAAUGGGCUGCUAAAGAGAGGAAGAUGAGCAGGUGUGCUGUGUGUGACAUGAAGACAGUCACAAAACUCUGAUGUGGACGAGACUUAAUCUGUGGGCCACACAGGUGAGAUGCACUUGACUAUAUUGUAGCUGGAAGCUUCAGCAGGUACUUGCACAAGGAGGCACAGUGCAUUAACUCAAACAAAAAGGGUUUGAAUCCGCGUGCCAGGGUGAGCUCCUGUUGCUCUGUCCCAGUUCCUGCCAACCUAGCAGUUCAAAAGCACACCAGCGCAAGUAGAUAAAUAGGUACCGCUGUGGCGGGAAGGUAAACAGCAUUUCCAUGCACUCAGACUUCCAUCACUGUAUUCUGUUGCACCAGAAGCGGGUUAGUCAUGCUGGCCACAGGACCCAGAAAGCUGUCUGUGGAGAAACGCUGGCUCCCUCAGCCCGAAAAGCAAGGUGAGCGCUGCACCCCAUAGUCGCCUUUGACUGGGCUUAACUGUCCAGGGGUCCCUUACCUUUACCUUUACCAUUGCCUCAAACUAAAUAGGCUCUGUUUUGCUGAACAACUUGCUGGGUGCUCUGAGUGGAAUUUCCUGUGGAAAAGUGGGAGUGAAGAGAUUGGUUGGCCCGGCUGUUCCUGCAUUGAAUGUCUUUGGGGUUUUGCAGGACAUCCUGGAAUGCUGAGCAUAUUAUUUUUUUAAUGUGCUGCUUGGGGCAGAAGGUUUAAAAGGAAGCUGCCCCUUUUUCUGGGCUGGGCACUGAGCCAAGUGUGACCCUUCAGUUUAUAAUGAGGAGAACAGAUCCUGUUUACCAUUUCUUCAAGGAACCAACUCCCUGGGAACAGACUGUAAGUCUAUGGUGCUGCACAUGGAGACUGUAAGCAGCAGGAGUCUAAUAUACUUCUUCCUUACUCCCCUCUCCAGGGCUGGGCAAGGGAAUAUCCCUGCUCCCUCCCCCCCCCGGUUGGCACAAAAGGAAGCAGAAGGUGUUCUGCCCAUGCUGUUUGCCCCAUUGCUGGGCAGAUUGAAAUCAGAGUGGAAUCUCUUCCAAAGCAUUGCUAUGGAAGUGUAAAUUUCUUAAAAUAAAAAAAUAAACAGUGCCAGAAUCUGUUAAAGGCACAGAAGCAGCAGCCUUGGUGAGUAAGGUGGCCACUUGCCCCAAAUACAGGAAAUAUGUAAUAAAAAAGAGAGCAAAAGGCGACAUAAAUCUGAAUAAAAUGUCACAUGCUGAUUUACAUGUGAAGAUGCAGAUGUAGAAACAAUUGCCGUAAUUGAACGUAAAAAAUGCAAAGCCUUUCCUCAUAGUGGGGGAAACUGUGACCAGGUGACCUGCGUGGCUGCUCCGUCUCCUGUCCAGGCGCUGACUCUGGGUGGGCAACUUCCAGACGCUCCCCCCUCCUUUGGGUUCUUUGUCUUUAACUUGGACUUGGACUGGGUGGCCUUUCCUGAGCUCCUUCACUUAGACGGCUGCCCUCUGUAAAGGCUGAAGCUGAGAAGGUCUGGUCAGUGUCUCUGUGGGCUGAGGACCCUAGAUGCUGCCUUGUGUUCUGUGGAAGAAAUGUAGGCUGUCAUUAGAUUUGCUGCAAUGGUUGUGUGGGUUAAUCAUUGGGGGCCAGGCCACCCCAACACAGGCUUUUCUGUUGGAGAUGUUAGGGACUUGUUUAUGUGAUCUGGGCUGCCUGAGAUAGUUUCAGAGGUUGCUAUUAUCCUAAAUCAGCAACCGCCUGUUUGCAUUGCCAAGGAGGUUUUUGAGUGAUUCAGCCUCACCCCUUGGGUGGUCAUUGUGUGAGCAGGGAAUUCUGUAUUCCGCCCACCAGGUGUGCAUAAAGAGAACCUCACUUUUGCUUAUAGCCUUUCACGAUGAUUUAUCUUGGAGAAUUUGAGCAAGGUGAGUCAAGGGCCACACGUUUUCAUUAGCAAGUCUUUCCUCACCUCCUGUUCGCUGGUGCCUGUGGACUUUGCAUUUGUAAAUGAAUUGGAGUCUGAAGUGAGUUAAGACUGACUUGUUCCAGAAUUGCAGUCUGGUGUCUAGGGAUCCAUGUUAAGGAAUAGAGCCGCCCAGUAUUAAUUCUGGAGAGAGAUCUCCUCCUGCUCCCUUGGGUUACCAGGUGAACACCUUUGCCUUGGCAACAGCCUUAUUCGUUCACUCAGUUAUAGACAAAAUAUUAAUUGCCAGCUUUCUGAGAAGAGAAAGUCAUAAGGUGAGCAAACCUGUGAUCAGACACUUGACUGCUGAUGGUGGCUAGAGAGUGGUCACUGUUUUACUGCAAAAACAAAACUAGAAUAAGAGUCACAGAUGUUGUAAGGGAUAAGGGUGUUGUUGUUUUGGUCUCUUUACUAGCAUUUCAACAGCAUCACAUGUCACAAUAAUGCAUUGUUAACAUCCAGAUGUUUCCAGAAUACAGGACAAAAGAAACAUUCAGUAUUUAUGUAGCUGCCUUGAGCGCUAUUUUGAAAUGGAACAGUAUGCUAUAAAUUAUUGUAAUAAACUGCAGUGUUUAAGGGAAUCUUUAACAGAAACUAUCACUGGAGUACAAAGAUGGUUAAAAUAUUGCAAGACACUUACAGAAUCAUGGAACUGUAGAGUUGGAAGGAACCCCAAGGCCAUCUAGUCCAACCUCCUGCAAUGCAGGAAUCACAGCUCAAGCAUCCCUGACAGAUGGCCAUCCGAACUCCAAGGAAGGAGAGUCCACUGCCUUCAUGAGGUAGCCAGUUCCAUUUUUGAACAGCUCUUACCAGCAGAAAGUUCUUCCUAAUGUUUAGUUGGAAUCUCCUUGUAAUUUGAGUUACAUUCAGAUUAUAUCAUUGUUUCCAAUACAUCAAUUGAUAAAGAGCAACUCCGACAUUGCUCAAAAUUUUUGUGUGAUCUCCUUCCUUCUUUUAAUUAUAUACUUUCUUUAAGCCUCCCCAUUUCUGCAAUUUUUCAAAUGUUGCAAAACCAAUCUGUAGCCCAGCAUGAGAAAGACCAUCAGCAGAUGCUGUUUAUUGGAUAUCCAAUUCUUCAUGGCUGUCAAAUGCUUUUAUAUAAGGAGUGUGACACUUCUUAGUCUUUAGAAUUAUCCAUCACACUCCAAUAAUGUAAGUUUAAGAUUGAAGGGAUGUUGUAAUUCAACAAUCAACCUCAUUGCAUGAACAAUUCUUUCCGUCCCCCUCCCCUGGUAGGCACACAUUUCUGGACACGUGGAUUUUGCUGUGCCAUGUAAUGGAGUGAUUUAAAGUAGGGUGAAAGUGCUUUUAAAAUAAUAAGAAAGGCAUUUUACAAAGUGACCGGCAUUAUGGAGAUUGCUCUCUGGAUGAAUUUAGAAAUUGGCACUUCUCCGAAAAGCAGUGGGCCUUGUUAAAAAAUACUGGUUGUUUUGCCAGUUUUGUAUUUUGCUCUUUGUGGUCUUCAUGGCAGUAACUUGCUUAGUCCAUAAUAAGAUGUUCUAGCAUAAAUGCACAGUGACUUAGUUUCUUUCCCCAAAUUGUCAAAUGCACAUGGUGAAGCAGAGCCAAACAUUUCAAAAGGCCAUGUCACAAUACGCUUAUUAGCCUUUAUGGUGCAACAGGAAUCUUUCAAUGUUUUUGCUACAGCAGAUUUAACUCUGUUACUCUUCUGGAAUGUUUUCAGUCAGGUUUAAUUAACUUUUUUCUAUUAAGCAUAACACAUUGCAAAUCCACUUUUAAUCUUUAAGAUGGGCGGGUGCAGAGACUCUUAAUAGGGGUUAAUUUAGCCCAUGUUAUUAACUAAUCCAGACAAAUCCUUUGUGCAGACGUUUGUUUGGCUAUGGGGAUAGAGCCAGGGGAAGCCAACUGUCCAAACUCCAUAGCACUUUGAGAUUUUAUUAUAUUAAGCAGUCUAACAUGUUAAAUAAAUAAAGGAGCUGGUGGGAUAGAAUGUCUGCUAUUCAUCUGCCUUCGUCUUGAUGCACAGUUGGGCAUGGCUUGUUCCCAGGAGUCACAUUUCAGCUUGAUGUGUCUCUGCCUUUCUCAUUCUUCAUGCAGGUGACUGAGCAUGGCAAAGCAGCUCUAGGUGACCUUCGUCCUGGUGAUGUCAUAAUCUCCAUCAAUGGAGAGAGCACUUCCGAGAUGCUCAAUGUGGAAGCACAGAACAAGAUUAAGCAGAGCUCUGGGCAGCUGCAGCUGCAGGUGGACAGGUAAGGUUGCCUGUAGCAAGGGCCGAAUUAACCAUAAGCAAUUGCGCCAGAGGUUCCUGGCCCCCUAGUUUUGGGGAGCCAAAUCAGAGCAUCCAUUCUUUCACUGUGCCUUUAAUGAUGUCAUCAGUGAAAGUAAAAUAAAGGAAUACUGAAAGGCACAAAACUGGAAUGAGCAAUGUCAAUAAUCAGACAUAAGAACAUUUUAGUGCUUUUUUCCUGGACGGACAGUUGCAGUCCUUCUCUCCAUUUCCAUUUGGGUUGUGGACAAAUAGGGCUGCCAUUCUGCAAUCCUGCUGCUUUGGGAAGUUCUAGCAACUGCUCUCCUGUCUUGAGGGGGACAAGAACUGCUGUUUUAGGAGCUGGGGAGGAUGCUUUUAGCUCUUAGUUUCAGCUGCAGUGGGUUGUCCUUUCUUUUCUGUGUCAGUUAACAAAAGGCAAGUAUGGUGCUCUCUACCAAUUGCUUGGUUCUCCCACAAAUGCCAUUUAAUUUCAUAAAAUUCAAGAUAUAGAUCCGUGGUUGCUGAGCAAAGGCCCAUGGAUGUUCCUGCAUUCAAAGUGAGGGGCCUUAUUUAAAAGGAAGGAGGAGGAAUACAUCCUGUCAAGAGCGACUUACUGUAAACAGAAGCUGGAGUAGAGAGUGGAGUGUUGCUCUCUGGGUAACUUGCAGAAGAUUGGAAUUGGAACACCUAAAAAGUUUGCCACCUCCACUGCUGAAUUUGACUGCUAAAACACUUGGGGGGAACCAGCUGUGAUUUUUGGGGUGUUACUGUGAGCUCAGUUCUGGUUUUGAAAACAAACUCUUGUGCUGGACAUGUGCUCAGAUGCACCCUCUUCCGUAAUCCAAAAUGAAUCUCUUCCACCCUACAGUUUCGCAUCUGGAUCUGGUUGGCAGAUUCAUGAGAUGCUAGUAAAAAAAAAAAAAAAAAAAAAGAGCAAAAGCAAAUCAAAUCAAAACAACAACAAUUUAGGCUAUGCAAGGCUGACAUCUGCCCACUCUUGAGAUAAAGACGCGAAGUGACGAGUGGACCGGUUGCACCAGGAAUAGGAAUGGACUGUGUCUGUCCAAAGUGGGAACUGUGAGGCUACUGCCUGUGGCCUCCAUUAUGGGAAGCGCCCUCAGGUUCCUGGCCAUUGGUUCACGUUCUGCUGUGGGUUAAAGGCUUGGGAGGUGGGCAGGGCCUCCUUGGAUUAACUCCUGGAGGCUUCUGUUAAUGUUGAAAAAGAGCAGUAAGAAGUAACCCAGUCCCAGUUCUCAGGCCAGUUAAUGCAAACAAACUGGGGUGACAGACAGGGUGCUAGGACUUUUUACAUUUUAAGAACACUCUUAAAGAAGUGUAUAUUAAAACCUAUGAGCAUUUGGGUGUUUGCUGUUUUGUGUUAUUGUGACAUUUCCCUUCUCCCAGCAAGGUCUGUCCUUAGGAGCCCACUCUGGGCCUGCUUGUCAUACGUGGGGACUGCAGGGGUCAGACACUCUGAAAUGGUGCACCCAGCCAUCUCCUUGGCUGUACCCUGGAAGGUGCAGGGGAAAGCAGCUAAAAUCCCUGAACUUUUGUGUACAUAGGGCAUGAGGUCUGUUCUGAAUACAGCUUGUGGGUUAUAAGGACAGAGCCAGGGGCUGGCUGGCUGGAGUUGACUGACUAUUGGUUUCCCUUGCGCAGUGUUCAGGAGCUGUAUUUUUUGGCUCUGAGAGCAUGCUAGUGGUUUGCAAAGCAGCACAAAGCUAAGCUGGGGCGGAUUAGCUGGGAAGAGAAGCAGCUUGGGCAGUUGUUUUCCUGCUGCCCAGGUCUGACUGGUUCUAGAGCCUGGGGCUGUUCUUGGGGAGUAGGGGGGAAGGGGCAGUGCUUGUCUGUAUAUUCUGUGCCAAAGGGAACUUGGGAGGUGUAGCUUGGUAAGCCCUGCAGAUGAGGGGUGUCCUGUGUGAGGGGGUCAAAACCAACUUCUUGGUGCUGCUCUGGUUCUGCUUUAUUUAUACCGGUGUGUCUACUCUACAUGCACAGAUUCUGUGGCCAAGGAAGAUCAAAUUCUACCAUAAGAAUUAUGACAGAAACCUAAUCUGCACAAUGCAUGUUUAUUGCAGUGUAUUGUUAUUUUAUUGUUAUGUUUUUGUAGAAUUAAGAUGGAUUUUGAUUAAGCACAGGCCUGGCAGAUGCCAAGGCAAGAGAAAAGGCUUUUGAGGAGGGGAGUGAGGCAGCUGAGGCAUGAGAACAGAAAGUUGGCUUAGAGGGGGGAGGAGGAAUAAAAAAAGCCUUACUCUUAGGUAGCUGAAAUAUUUGCCUGAAAUUUGCUCUGCUUUUGAGCCUCAAGUUUCAAAGUACUUUCAAAAUUUCUUUUGUCUGCCGAAAGGACUAGAAAGCCUGCCAAGAACGGUUCCCAGUGUAGUGUGUGUGUGAUCAUUUCUUCCAAUGGGAGGUGGGAGAAAUCCUAAAAAACUAACUUGCUUUUGUAUGAGUACAUUUUAAACAACCCCAUUGACUAGCACCAAUGGUGGGCUCAAAAAAUAACAGCCCAGCAGUCUAGUCUUACUUUUCCUGCUGCGCCUGGCAUCCAGCUAUCAAAGCUGGCAAAUUAAAACUCCUUGGUGCAGUGAGAGGGAGCAACCGAGCGCAGAGGACUUUUUGGGCAAUGGGAGAGAGCUUGUCUCACCGCCAGGGUGGGGCAGGCCCUUCUGGGAUUCUGUUGUUGGGCAAAGCAUGCUACAGAGCACAGGACAGAUGUGUGUGGAAAACCUCAGCCCACUGGCACUCUCCUUGCUAAUCCUGAAUGUCCCUUUUCAAACUCUUAAUGGUGGCAAUUGAUACUUGUUUUGGAAGAAGGUUUACAAAAACAAAAAAAGCUCUGUGUUUGCAAACAGAUUCUCCUCCUUUCAAAGGGCCUGUGAAAGUGAAGUAAGCCAGAAUAACUCUGCUUCAAGGCGUGUUGAAGAUGCACCUCCCACUGGGUCCGGUGCUGGAGUUUUCCUGUGCCCUGUUGCAUAAGCCCAGCUGGGUCUGUAAUAAUCCCACAUGAGCCUGCAUGUGACUGCAAAGCUAGUGAGCUGUGAAGUAGCCUUUGGGGCACUGCACAUGUGGGCAAGGCUGGCAGUAUUGCCCAGGGCGGGGAAACGGGUAGCAAUCUCCUAGUCUCCGAUGAGUCAGACUCUGUGACAGACGAAACCUGGCCUUGUCUUGGGGGUGGGGAGAGGGAUGGAGGGGAAGAAGCAGACUGUUGCAUUGUGUAAAGCCAUUUGACAACAGGCCGCUGUCCAGGGUGUGGUCUUCUAGUGGCAUGACUCAGAUAUUCUCUUUCCCCACCCAGUGCUGGCCGAUACUGGAGUUUGGCCCGCAGCCUCCGGUGCAGCACAGCUGAGUUCAGUUCAUGAGGGAGUCCUGGAGUGCGUGGGGGUGGGGGCAGUGGCUGCGGAGCGGGGUACAGCCCUAGCUCAGGUUCCUCGAGUUCCUUUCUGGUGCCCGAUCUGCGCUAUCCACUUAAAGCGGUAUUGCACCGCUUUGCAUAAUUGUGGCUUCUGCCAAAGAAUCAUGGGAACUGUAGUUUGCUAUGAGUUGUAAGAGUUGCUAGGAGACCCCUCCCGCCCCCCAGCUACAAUUUGCAGAAUGGUUUAACAAUCAAUCUCCUUCACAGGGAACUCAGGAAAUUGUACCUCCGUGAAGGAAUAGGGGUCUCCUCCUAACAACUCUCAGCAUCCUUUACAUGGCUUAAAGCGGUAUAAUUGUGCUUUCAUUAUGCCAUGCAGGUGGUGCCUGGCAGCUGGGGUUCAACCUGAACUGUCCCACUCAACACCCGCAGUGUGAGCCUUGACAUGGCCUUGUCACGCCUCUCCUAGCUUGCAGGCUCUGGCUUGUAGGCUCACAGUGCUGUGGCAUGCGCACAUGAGUGUUCUGCAGACCAGCUGGGCAGGGUACAGCGACAUGCCUUUCUGCACCACUUGGCCACUUGGUCAGUCUUCUGCCUCACUGCUGGGUCCCCUUUCCUUGUUUCUUCUGCUUUUGACAUGCAACGGAUGCUAGAUGAGAGUUGGAAAGUCUUAAUGUAUCUUGGCACCACCCCAAAACCGACAAACUGAACUGAAGGAGCUUCAGGAGGCAGCAUUCCUCUCAUUCCGGGGCCUUCGGCUCAUCUUUUUCUCUUCCUCCUCCACCCUCUCUGGAGCAGGAUGCUUCUCCCCUGCCCCCACCCUACAGUUGUCCUGGGGCGCUUGGAGCUCUUUGAGUUAGCUGAGUGCUGGGUGCCUUUUUGUCUCUCUUUCUCUGAAGUAGCAAACAUUGAGGUCCAUGUCAGAAACCUCAGUUGGAAGUGACAGUGCAGAAUAUUGUACUAAAAGCUCAGAUUUUUCUCCCUGAGUUUCUAACUGUUCUUUGGAGUUUCUGACUGUUCUUUGGAGACCCCUUCAGCCAUAGCCAGGUGAGGACUUGGGCUUGUGUGUUGCUCAUUGCUAGGGAUGUAAGAAAGCUUUGGUUUCCAUUCCAGCCUUGCGUUCAUCUCAUACAGCUCUGCUUCCUUUCUGUUGCAGAUGGGCUUCUUACUGUCCACUGUGGUGUUAUAUAUAAAUCAAGUUAUCAUUACACAAUUCCACACCAUUCAUUUCAAUGCAAAAUAAAUACAGUGCAAAUUUUUGGGUGGUAUGAAUUAUGUAUUAUUAUGUAUCAUUUGUGGACUGGAAAUAAGAACAGCUAAAACAGAUCAUAUUUGCUGAACAGAUUUCCGUUGUGGAAUGAGAUGAAUGUUAAUAUAAACAAUUUCCAUUCACACUUCCACCUAAAUUCUCCAACAUCCCUACUUCCUGCUGCCAUUGUUCCUUGACCACUUGGGGGCAAUUCCCAUUCGCAACCCUCUGUCUCCACUCUGUUCCAGAGAUUUCCCGGUGUGCCCUGGAGGUUUCUCCCUGGUGUAGGAAUUCCCUCUAUCCCUCUCCCUCUUCCUGUAAGUGUGUGCAGCAUCCCCACACGGUGGACACCCGUUUUCCUGCACAGGAGGAGCUGCACCUAGGAUUUUUUAAAAGGGGGGGGGAGGGCCAUAGCUCUGUGGUAGAGCAUUUGCUUUGCAUGCAGAAAAUCCCGGGUUCCGUCCCUGGCCUCUCCGGGGGGGUGGGCUGGGAAGGUCCCCCGCCUGGAAGCCCAGAGAGCCAUUCCCAGUGGCUGGGAACAAGAUGAGCUGGCUGGACCAGCUUGGGGGCAGGCAGCUUCCACCUAUAAUGCUUCAGACAAAUGUCCAAAGUGCAUCAUGCACCUCAUCCUGGAAGUUACAGCACAGCACUGUUUUGCCCAGAUGGGGAGUUUUGGCUGAGGGAACAGUGACUUACUUGCCUAAGGCCACCUAAAGAAUUUGUGACUGAGGUGAAGUUUAAAGCGGGGAUUUCCUCUCUUGCACUUUUUACCACUAAUUUUCAAAACUUGUUCUUCAGAUAACACUCAGGAAAGAUACUUUGGGGUUUUUUAAGGCUUAGGUUCUGAGAAGUCGCCACUUGAUCUCGCCUGAUUCUUGGUGGAAAGCCAUUUAUGGUCAUGCGGAUUUUCAGGCCCGUCUACAUCAGCCCUCCCCGUCUUCCUUUCUGCCCUUCUGGAAGCUUCUCAACCUGAUUUUCAGACUCUCCACAUGAAACUCUCUGGCUGAAGUUACCUCAGUCUGGCCUUGGUCCCACCCAGAUCUGGCUGGCUUGGCGCUGGGCCUCUUCUUUGCGGAGCCCAGAACAGGCCCCCUCCGCCUCCUUCGGUGGGGCCAGGGGUCCGCCUUUAUUUUUAUGUUGGCUACAGUCUGCCAUAGGAAUGCAGAAAUGCAUUGCAUAAAUUGGUGAAUAGAACCUCUUUGAAAAAUUACUGGGCGGGGGGAGAGCCUCUCAUUUAUGAAGUAUUCCCUCCCCAACUCUUUUAAGCCCAUAAGCAUAUUUGGAAAUGUAGGAAACUGUUGUGCUCACUACAAAAUAUGAAUUUCACAUAAGAGAACUGGCAAUACCCAGACUCCCCCCCCCCCUCAAAAGACCUAGGCAAAUCACUCCUGUACUUUAAAAUACAGACAAAAAGUAGCAUAACAAGGCUCUCCAAGCAAGCAACCCCCCACAACUGAACAACCACAAAAGGCAACCCCCCCCCCCAAUUUAAAAAAUAGAAAUUGAGAAGAGCAGACGCCUUGACAGGCACCAUGGGAUGUGCAUCUGAGGGUGCCCCGGGCAAGAACCCUAGCUUAGUGGCAGGUCCUGGGUUCCAUCCCUGGCAGACUCUGGAGACAAAUUGAUAUAGAUGGACCCAAGGUAUAAUGCAGAUUUGAAAAAUAAUUCCUUCUUUGUGUGCCUUUUCCUUUUUUCCCCCUUUUUUUGAGGAGUUUUGUCCUUGACUGACCCUUACUUAGAAGUCUAGGAGCUGGGAAUUAUUUUGCAUCCCCCCCUUGCAAACAUAGAUUUAGGUUGCCAUGCUAAUGGUACCCUGCCAGUUACUUAUUCCACAUAAAGAUGGUCUCUGCAGAUAAGCACACACUCACGUAAUUACAUUACAGUAAGGACUUGCUAUCAGCCUUCGUGCUAGGAAUGGCCAGUUGGUAGCUUUCAGGCUUAAUCUGCCUCCCAGUUGAGGCAAUUAUACGUCUCCUUGGAGGCCAUACCAAAUUUUAAUCUGAGUACAGUGUAAAGUAGAUGUGGGCAGGCUUGCAGGUUCUGCUUUGUUUUAUAACUCUGACUCUGAGGUUCUCCAUCCAAAGCCUGGUCCAAAUGGCAGUUCAGGAGUGGAGCCAAUUGUCUAAUGCACCCCAUGAGCUGUAUUCUAGGAUGACCUGAAAAUUGAAGUAUGAAUUACAUCUGGGUUAGUACAGUUCAGCCUCAUUUAAGCCUUUGUGCUGUUGAUGCUGUUAAUAACUGGGUCUCAGAAACACAGCCUACCACAUAGUGUCCUGAUUUUCUAGGGAUAGUCCCAGAAUUACUGAAGCCAUCCUGGUUUCUAAUUUGAUCCCAAAAUGUUCCACUUUUCCUUUUUCCUCCCCUUCAUGUAUUGGAGAACAAUUAAAAGUGGUGGACAGAUCAGACCCACCCCCCUCCUGUCCUUUUGGGAAACAGGAACUUUUGUCAUGAUUAAAUGGAGUCCUGUUUAUACUGAAAAUAAAAUAUUUACACCAAAUGAAAGAAACAGUGAUCCUGGCACAUACCUGUAGAACUUCCUAUAAUAUUGAAGGAAAAUGUAACCAAUCCACUUUAAAUUCUUUAAUUGCAAAGCUUCAGCAGCCAGCCAUUUUUUAGGAAAUGCAUUGAGUGUUCAUUCCUUUAUUGUAAACUGAGCCUUACACUGUCUACUCAGAAGUAAGGCCCACUGUAUUCACUGGAGCUUACUCCCAGGUAUCUGGGUAAAGACUGUGCAGCCUUACAUUGCAAUCCUAAACAUUUCUACUCAGAACAAAGUCCCCAAUGAGUUCAGUUACUCUCUGGUAUGUUCCUGAUCAUUCUCACAGUUUCCAUUCUUACUAUUGCUAUUACUAUAUCGCACCUUUUCCUGCCUUUUUCAAGGUGGCUUACAGUUAAAAUUUUAUUUCAUUCCAUUUAUCUGUUUACAACAAUUCUGUGAGGCAGGUUCCUUGCAGAGGUUGUCAUCAGCUCAAGGUGACAGAUGUCAAUGUGUAUAUGACGUUUAGGUGUGUGGGAGAUCAAGUACAGAGAAGCUUCCUGGUGGAGAAUGGAGUGUCCCUUUUUUCACUGGAGGGUGUGCUACCAGUAGAUGCAGACUGAGCAAGUUAAAGGUUCCUGGCAUCUCCAGGUUGGGCUGCAAAAGACUCUUCUCUGAAUCCAUGGAGAGUGGACAGUAGUGAACUAGAUGGACCAUUGGUCUGGUGUGAUUUACCUGUAUGACUGCUUACUAUAACUCCUGCCCACCACUGGUGCAAAGCAUGCCAACAGUUUGACUGUUGAGAAAAUAAAAGCUAUUUGCUAAUUAUGAGAAACUGAGAGAUUCUAUGCUUUAAUGAUACAUCUCACUCUCUUCAUUUUAAAGGUGAUGCAUGUGAGAUAUCUAUCUGCAUAUUCAUACACCUUAAUGACUGGGAAACUCAUUGCUAGCUGGUGCCAACCUUAUGGAGUCCUUGCAAGUAAUUGUGGUUUUCUUUUUCGUGGCAAUAAAUGCCUCUGGGCUUGGACUACUAUCUGGAAAAUAUUCCCCCCACCCACUUCCCAAAGAAUACAGACUAUCCUUGAAGCAUGCUUACCAUAAAUAUGUGGUCCUGUGGACUGUGCCAUAUCCCGCCUAUUUGUCAUCCCCUUUGCUCUCUGCGUUCUGUCCUCAUCCCCAUCUCACUGCACUGCCUCCCCUCCCCUGCCUGAUUUAAUUCCCUUUAAUGAAUUCCAGAUUCCAGCUACAUCAAAGCCCCAGAUGCAUUCCUCUUGAGAGAAUAUAAAGGCAGCCGCUUCUCUCUGACCACCCCGCCAAUUUCAGAGUCUGGGAUUGGGGGCAGGGGAGGUAUCCAACCGUGCCCCUUGUUUUGCGGCUGGAGCCAGCACCUCCUCUGAUGGAGGUUAGUUGGGGGUAGUACAAGGCUGCUUUGAUCCCUAUAUGGGAGGGCAGCUCUCUGUUCAUCCUGGUGGGAGGGCAGCAGUAUUAGGGUAGCUCUCAUACUUGCCAUCUGUGCCUCAUUUGAAAGCCAUAUAGUGAACACCCUUUGUGGGAGAAGCAAUCUCUCUCUCUCUCUCUCUCUCUCUCUCUCUCUCUCUCUGUGUGUGUGUGUGUGUGUGUGUGUGUUCAUGGGAGGGGGUGCAAAGUAAGGCUACUCAAGGUUCAAAUGGGGAUGUGGUACACACACCAGACCAGAAAUCUUAACACUUUUUGAAAUCAGCACAUACCAAAAUAAAACUACCCCCUGGUUCCUCAGAUUUGAGUAGAAACUGGUCACACAUUUUCAGUGUUUUCCUUGAUUAAUUGUGCUUGCAACCUAUGCUGGUCACACAAUAAAAAUUAUACUGCUCCUGUAAUCAUAAUAGCUAGGAACACAAUUUUUAGAUGUCAUUUUUUAAAAAGAUAUUAUACUAUGUAUUAAAUUUCCAUUUGUAAUUUGAGUGCAUUUUAUAGAUUAAUAUGUUAACCACUUAGAAUGUUUUGCAGUAAGUAUAUGAACUUCUACAAGCUUAGGGUUAGAGACAGAAUCUCAUUCUUCAAUGACCUUUGAACCCUGUGGAUGCACUUUCUUCUGGAUUCACUGCAAGACUGGAAGGGUCGCCUGCUUAUAAGCCCUUGCGGGUGGUUGCUUUGAGUAGCACAGACGUCAAGGAAAUUGCCAGCCCACUGACUGUUUUAUUCCCUAUCAAUCUUCUUCAUCUCUUUUCCAGGUCUCAACCAUUUUCUCCCAGUCAGACAAAUGGUGAGAGUUCAGCAGAGCUGUUGUCCAUACGGUUUCAGGUGAGCACCCCUCUGCUUCUGACACCAGGUCUCUAGAUUGAAGUAUACGGUGGGGCAUCCUGAACCAUGCAUUUUAUGUAUGUAUUUUUUGUCAGUAAUUUACACCCCAUAUUUCUGUCAAAGUGACUAACAAAGAUUUGAAAACAUCGAUAAAUACAAUUAAAAAUAUUAAAACAAGACAGAAUAUUAAAAAAUACAUCUGAUAAAACUUUAGAAAAUAGUACCUAGGGAAUAAACCAGUGGGUUUUACUUUUACAUAGAACUGUGCUGCAUAACAAUUCAUUAAGAGAGCUAAUGAUUUAACAGGUAUAAAAUGGUUUUACUUGCCUUCCACAGAGCAAGACAAGCUGAGGCAAAGUGGAUCUCCCUCAGGGGGGCCUUUUUCUUUUUGUCUUCACAUACAGAAAGGCAGCUGGGCACUGUUCCCUUGACCCAUUAAUACAUAUCUAACCUAAGUGUGGCCCUCUGCUACCUCUUACCUGGCCCUCGGAACUCUUCACAGGCCACACCUCCUGCCUGGGUUACACCUCUCACUGAACCUGUUCCAUAACUGCCUCCAGUUUUUUGGCCUAGCAGGAAUCUGUCCUUUGGCUCUUGAACUGGCCCCUUGCUUCCCUGAUGGAGAGCUGCAGGUGUGGAAACUUGUUCGCUGGGCCACAGCUGGACUGUGUGCAAAGAUACGAGUCUCCUCCACUGCCCCAGCUACCGCUGUCACGUGCCCCAACUAGGAAUUCAGCCUUUGGUCUAAAAAAGAAGUCCCGUCCCCCCCCCCCCCCGCAUUGAUAUUGCCCCUCUUCUGCCAUACUAUAGAGAUCAGGGCUGUGAUAUUCCUUUUCCCUAAAAGUUAGCAUUACAAAUAGGCACAAAGUGAAAACCACUGGACAACACAAACAUUGAUGGGUGUUAUGUAUUCCAACAUUCCUUAUACCUGGCUCAUUUAAUUCAGAUCUUGGGAUAAUGUUUUUCUUUAUUUGCCUGUGUAUAAUUUAUGUAAGUUUUCCUCCUUCAUCUGUAUCAAUAAUCUUCCUUAGCCAUCCUACAAUUGACAGAACAGUGUCAGUUUUCCAGUGUCUCACUCAACCAAUUUUCGCUGCUGUGAUUAUUUGCCAAACUAGAUGUUUUCCUUUUGGCAGCAAGCCAUCAAGCACUUUCAAUCCACACAUUUAAAGGAUCUGUUAAAAAAAUACCCCAAUUCAACCAUUUCACAGAUAGCUUUCCAGUACUGCUUUUCUUUCAGAUAAUUCCAACGCAAAUUGGAAAAAGCAGCCUGAUAUCUUCAGUAUUUAUAUUAUAAAAUUCUAUGCUAUAUCCUGUUAAGUUUGGUCAGAAUGAAGGUGUAACUAGACAUGCCUUUCCCAAUGUGCUGACUGGCGCUGAUGGCAGUUGGAGGGUGCCAGUUUGGGGAAGACACCUGUAGCAGAUCCAUGAUUCGGAUCUCUUAUUGUUAACACACAGAGAGACAUGUGCACAUAGAAAGAGGCCAACAUGAGACACGUACUCCAAAAAACACAUACUGUAGGGUUUGUGUUGUGAUCACGUAUCUCUGCCAGGAUAUGAAUAUAGGUGAUACAUGGAAAUGUAUCAUUACAUCUCAGUUUGUUGAGAAUGUCAGCUCUUCAACAAACUUUCAGGUGCUUAUGGGUCAUUCACGGGUACAGGCCUCUGCUUGCCUUUGUUGCUGAAUUUCUGUUUCCAUGAAAGCCGAGGCUUAAAAGCUUUAUGUUGAGGGCUUCUGCCCCUGGGCAUCCAUCUCUCUCCACCUACAUUUUUGACAUACAGUCUUUUUCUCAGGUCCUUUGUAGUUUUCACUCUGAUUGGCAGCGGCACCCUGUGAAAGGCCCUUCUCUGACAGUAGUCUUCUCCUGCACUACUUCAGCUGCUGCCAUGGGAUGAAAGUUUAUCAAAAAUAAGACCAAGACUCUUGCAGCAUAUUACCCUGUUGCUGAGAUGUCUACUCUGGCUGCCAAUUUGUUACUUGAGUGUAGCUGCACCCAUUUUCCAAAACUCUCUGCCAGUUAAUGCUGGGUGUGUACCUUUCAUCUAUUAUUAUUAUUAGUAUUAUUAUUAAUAUUAAUAUUAAUUAAUAUUAUUAAUAUUAACAUUAACAUUAUUUUUUAUACCACAUAAUGCCAAAUAGACAUUAGGUGACACUCACUUAAAACCUUUUGGCACCAACUAAAAUCUAUUUUGUUUAUGUAAGCCAAUGCAGACAUGUAAUUUUAUUACGUACAUUGGUUUUUUUAAGUGUUCAUUUUAGCUAUGCGCUUAUAAAUUGUAUGUGUAUUUUCCAAAGUUUGCUUUUAAAGUCUGGUUUUAUUAUUGUUUUCUUUUUUCUUACUGUUUCUUGUAAACCACUUAGAGAUUUUUGUUAAGCAUUAUAUAAAUCUUGUUUUAAAACAACUCGAUAACCUGAGGAAACGGCCCUGGAAUCCUUAACGGGAUGGGCAGGCUCCGUGAGUGGUGCGGAGUCACUGAGCCCUAGCCGUUCCCACAAACUUCUGAUAACCUGAGAAAGGAAGCAGUUCCAUGGGCAGGCUCUGACAGGUGAUUGCUGCUCUGCCAGCAUUGUCCUGCCUCAGUAAUCACAUUGAUGGUCCUUCCCACAGAAUUGCUCCCUUUCAAACUUUCCUAACCCUGCAUGGGAACAAAACUGGGCUGAGCCAAGACUCGUGUUAUUAUUAAAGCAGGUAGAGGAAAACUUCCUUGUGCAUUAACUUUUGAGAUACCAUCAAAGAGUAGUUAGUGUUGAUUAUUAUGGGCUAUAGGUGGUGUCACUUAGAUUUCCUUUACACACAGAAGGUCCCAGGUUCAACACCAGCAUCUCCAGGUAGGGUUGGGAAUGUCCCCUGCCUAAAACUCUGGAGAGCUGUUGCAUUUAGUGUAGACAAUUAGGAGCUAGAUGGACCAAUGAUCUGACUUGGUCUGAUGAUCUGAGCUAGAUGGACCAGUGAUAAAGCAGAUUUAUGUGUCUCUAUGCAGCCUAUCAGAGAUGCGGGUGGCGCCGUGGGUUAAACCACAGAACCUAGGACUUGCCGAUCAGAAGGUCGGCGGUUCGAAUCCCCGCGACAGGGUGAGCUCCCGUUGCUCGGUCCCUGCUCCUGCCAACCUAGCAGUUCGAAAGCACAUCAAAGUGCAAGUAGAUAAAUAGGUACCACUCUGGCAGGAAAGUAAAGUAGAUAAAUAGGUACCACUCUGGCAAGUAGAUAAAUAGGUACCACUCUGGCAGGAAAGUAAACGGCGUUUCCGUUCUCUCCUCUGGUUCACCAGAAGCGGCUUAGUCAUGCUGGCCACGUGACCUGGAAGCUGUACGCCGGCUCCCUUGGCCAGUAAAGCGAGAUGAGCACCACAACCCCAGAGUCGGCCACGACUGGGCCUAAUGGUCAGGGGUCCCUUUACCUUUACCUAUGCAGCCUAUCUGUCUUGACAUGGUUUUUUUAUGGACUUCUCCUGUAGGAUGUUGUAAGAACCAGAGACGAUGGUCAGAACUCAGUGAGAUCUUCCUACUCCAGCCCAGCCUCCAUCAGUCCACGGCCCAGCAGUCCCUACUCUCCUUCAUCUCCUGGAUACCGAGCUGGUAGCCCAUACAGUCCCCAGAAGCCUGACCUACCCAGUGAGGACAGAGGGGAAUCCGUGGUGAACAGCCGCAGGUAUAUAAUAAUCCUGAUCCAUGUGACUCUGCCUCCUGUUUCCUGUAAGCAGCCAGAUGCCUCCAUGCUCUGUUUGUGGGUUUCUUCCUGGCAAGAGUCCUCCCCGCAAAACAUUGGAAUUUGAGGUCUACUGCAUCAGUCCAAUGGAAUCUCCAUGGCCAGUCAUAGCAGCUGCAACCCCCUUUGGUUUAAAACACAGCUAGAUCACUCUCUUUCUCUGUUUGAAUUGAAGGGGGUGUUUGGGAAAAUGCAUCAAAACACAGUAUUUCAUAAGAAGCAACAGGAUAGAUACGGGAAAGGUAUGGAUUGUGACUAAUGUCAUCUGUAUGCCACUUCCCGAACCAGCAGUGGAAGCACACUGGGUGAAGAGUAAACAUGGAUAUGUACACAGCCUAAAUCAUUGCAUCCCAGUGAAUUCCAUAAGUUACUGAUGCAUUGUAUAAAAUAUUUUCUUUUGUCUGACCUGAAUUUACUUCCAAUCAAACUCAUUGGCUGAUCCCCAAUUCUAGUACGUGUGGGAGAGUCUAAUCUUUGGACUCAGCUACAUUAGGUUUUUUUAAAAAAGUGUUUUAUAUACAUUAUAACACUGUGGCACCAGAUGGCGCAAUGGAGAUUUCCCACUUUGAGAUUUACAACGUGUUUUCCUAAAACACCUUUUUGAUGUGUCUAGAUCAGGCAUAGACAAACUCAGCCCUCCAGAUGUUUUGGGACUACAACUCCCAUGAUCCCUAGCUAAUAGGACCAGUGGUCAGGGGUGAUGGGAGUUGUAGUCCCAAAACAUCUGGAGGGCAAAGUUUGCCUAUGCCUGGUCUUGAUCCAGCGUCUCUCUUUUUCUCAUUCGGGUAUCAUUUUAUCAGCAACUCUCAGGUCCCCUUUGGACAUCUUUAAAUUAAAAAGCCCCAAAUGCUUCAUCCUUUCUUCUUGUAAAGAUACGCUUUCCGCUUGCUCAAUCUGGUUGCCCCUUCCUUUAUCUUCUUCCAGUUUUGUAAUAUCUUUUUUGAGAUGUGGUGACCAGAAGUGUCCCAACAAUAUUCCAAAUGCCCCAUAGAUUUUAACAUUGUAAUGUUGUUUUGUUUUGUUUUCAGUCUUCUUUCUAAUAUAGAAUUUUCUUUGUCAUUUUUGCUGUACAUUGAGUUGAUGGAUUCACUGAGCUGUCCAGAAUAUCUUUUUCUCAUUGGUCAGGGUGCAUUCAGAUCCCAGUGCUCUCCAUUAUGGAGAGAGCCUUUUGGGGCUCUUCACAGUAGCUUGGGUUUUCUCCCUCCUAAAAGAACAUCAUCUCUCUCUCUCUCUCUCUCUCUCUCUCUCUCUCUCUCUGUGUGUGUGUGUGUUUGUGUUUGUGUGUGAACACUGUCAACAAAAUUCUGGGUGGUGGGAGUUGUGGUCCAGCAAGAUCUAGAGGGCCACUGAUAAUUAUUUGUUACUUCUUCCCUGUAAUGUGCAGAUAUUCACUGUAAUAUCUGUGUUCUCCUUUCAGCUUACAUUCUCUGGAGAGCUCGUUGGGAAUCUCUGAUGAACCCUACGGGCAGCAGCAUUCAAGCAGCAAGCAGGUAAAGAUGCUUAUGAGACUCCUUGGAGCCCCGGGGAUAAUGCCUGUAUAGGACCAUCGAUGUAUCCAUGCUGCUGUAUGCUUGGGGAUGAACCCUGUCCUGAAAGUGUGUUUUCUGGAGCCUGUUUCUGCUGCCCCCUUUAGGCCGUGUCCUCCUUAGCUUCUGGUUUUUAUCUGCUUUGUUGCACGUGUUGCUGUGUGUUAGCAGCACACCUGGCUAGGGGUGUUUGCUUGUUUUUACCUGGUGUCUCCAAGCAACAGCUGGGAGCUGGGGAGGCAGAACCAGUUUGGGGAGGCAGUACCUGCAUCUCGUGGACACAAGAGGCAGGGUGUUGGCAAGUGAUGCAGCCUCACAAAUGCUCUGCUUGCCUCUCCUUCCUCCUGGGAUCUAUUAAAGUGUCUAUUCAGAGCAAUCCCCCUGACUGCUUUUGCCAAAGGGACCUGCUUGUGCUUUGGGCGGGGGGGGAAGCUUGUGUUUUGUGGCAAACCCUCAGACCUGAGACGGCUUUGCAGUGGUGCCUGUAACACUGUUCAGCUGAGCAUCUCCUGUAAUGUCAGCAGCUCGUAGCUUUCAAGAAUUUAUAUUGAGUUUUUACUUGUAACGACAUCAGAGACAGUGAGAGAAUGAGAGAGAGAGAGAGAGAGAGAGAGAGAGAGAGAGAGAGAGAUAUUCACAGGAUCCUCUUGCCGUCUUCUAGCUCCAUUUUGUUUAGGUACUGUAUCUCUCAAUUGCUUCUUUGAGAAGGAAUUGUGAGCCUUCUCUCUAUUGAACAAAUUGACAUUGAGAUUCCUGCAUUGCAGGGGGCUGGACUAGAUGACCCCUGGGGUCCCUUCCAACUCUACAGUUCUGUGAUUCUAUUAUUCUGUGACAUGUGUUUCAGUUUUGUUUAUAGUUGGGGUGAGAGCUGAAAAGGCCGCAGGUGUGGGAUAUGCACAGAGGAUCCAUGGCUUCUCAUGGCACAUUGAACAUGAAAGAGAAAGAGAGAGCUUCCAGUGCAGACGGUGGCUAAACUCUACAGAAUUUGCAUAGUUCUGGUUUCUUGAAACAAGCCCAUCAUCAUUUUAAUCUUUAUGAUAGCAUUGAGAACUUAACAAUAUGUGGGCAGUUCUUUGCUUUUUAAAUGCUUAAAAACCAGAGGGGCCUGGGUGAUCAGGUUGUCUCUGGCUUCUUCAAUAGGAACAUUUUCCAGUACCCCCCCCCCCCGCCCCCUGCAAUGCACACACAUGCCAUCCUAUCCUCCUCUCUGUCUAUCUUACACAAAUAUUUUCUCUUCCUUGGACCCAUGUUUUUUGUGAAUCCUGAGAGAGAGAUGGGGGUGGGGACAGUUCCAGAUUGUGAAAUGAAAUGAAGCAUGUAAAUUAAGUUCAUUGAAGCAUGUCUGCCCUGUUUGCAUAAUUUAAAUUGCAGAAUUUUGCUUUUGGGCUGCACUGUCCUGAAGGUUUUAGGUGGGUGUCAAAAGCAAAGUCCCACUCCAGUCCACCACAACAGAACAUUAAAAAACCACACACAUUAAAAUAUAAAGCUCAUCACCACUACCUUUGGCCAAUUUAAUCCUGAUAUUCACAGAAUUAAGACUAGACAGGCUGGUCUUAACGUUUAAUAGGGCUCAGGUUAAACUUAGUUGGUAAUCAUAGAGGAUUUCAUGCUAGCAAAGCCCUCCUCUGCACUCCUGCAAUCCAAACCCAUUAGUCAUAGGUUGUUGUAAAGCAAAGUGAGAGUGAGCUGGUGUCACACGCCAUUCUCUCUGUCUCCCCUGCCUGUGGCAUGGGAUUAAUAAUUCCAAGUUACCUGCAAGGUUGUUGUAUGGAUUACACCUAGUUAGUGCAGGUGAGACUCAAAAGUACUAUACAAAGGUUGAUAUGCCAUUAAUAAUGAUUACAGGAUGCUUUCAUGCUCCCUAGACAUGCUACAGAUGCCAAGACCUUUCUGGACCUGUCAAGUGAGCCUCCUAUCCAGUUUCCCUGGGUGAUUCUUCUGGAAUGCCCCUGUCCUCCCUCUCUUCCUAUGGUCUUUGUUGAGCCUCCUGAUUCCUUGCCCAUGUGUCCUGGCAUCUCGCUCUCCUGUUGCUCUUGGGCUGGGUGCUGCUGUUUGUUUGCUUGCUUUGGCUCCAGGGGCUGGCCGCCCUCUGCUUUCUCUAUGUUCUGGGCCUAUUUUUCAAGCCCAAAUUGGGAAGGGAGGUUGGCCCCAGAGCGCAGUGCUUGCCAGCUGGCACCUUGCUCGCCCAGCCCCUCAACCCCUUGGCUUCUCUGUCAUGUUUUUCUUUCCUUCUUUGCAUUUAUUUGCUUUAGCUCUUGGCCCCAUUGGGUGGCCUCCUCCCUACCCAGCGGUUGCAUCAGUGGUGGGGGCUGAGAUUUGAGUGUUGGAGGGUGGUUAAAUGAGGCUUAGGCCUCCUUGGUUUCCUCUUAUCUUAUUUUCCUUGGCCGUGCAGUUCUUCAGAUCCAGAGAGCAGUAAUUAACCUAAAAGUGUUGCAUUUCCUACGUGAGCCCCAAAUUAAGGCGGAACCGGCUGCAGGCUGUCAGUCUGUUUCUGUUCUUCCUGGUGUUCACAAUUGGAAAGUUUGGGUGCAAAGAAAGAUUUACUGGCAAGUGGGUGCAUGUUUAGGCAUGUGUCUUCUACAGGGCUGGCCCACCCAGGAGGUGAGCUGAGACGGCAGAAUCCACAGGGGCAGCAGAUCCUGUUGUAGAUCUUUAUUCCCCAUCCCCCUGCACACACACCCCUUGUUCCUGCUAUAGAUGCUCACUCACCCAUGCCAUUUGUGGUCUGCCUCAGGGGUCAAAUUGUCUUGGGCCAGCCCUAGUGUUCUGGCUUGGACAGAUCAAUGGACCAUCCCUAUGAAAAGAGCCAGAGUCUGUCUAUAGUGAGCCCACGGGACUAGUUUGGUACUUGCAGGAAGCUAAUAAGCAGGGCACAAAGUCAGUAGCUGCCCACAUUGUUGCUGCCCCAGCAACUCUCAUACAGUGAUAGACAUUAUGGAAAAGGGAGGUUUCAUUUAACAAUGAUGUCUAAUGCUAUUGAUGGGCCAUUCUGCCCCAAUGUUUGCCUAAGCUUCUUAGACUUGGCAAUCAGUCUUUCUCUUGUUGGCCUGAUCAGUAAUGCUGUCUUCUGAAGAGUAACCUGCCCUGAUGUCUGAAAAGGCAUAGCAGUAAACCUCAGGUUCUGUUCCAUCUCUGACAUCAGUCUCCUAGCUCUAACCCCAGUCUUCCAGGCUCUACCAAAGCAUGAGGGUUUGUGACUAUUUUUUAUCAUUAUUCAGAGUUGGCAACCUUAAAUGUGUUUGGGGUGGGUGUGUUUGUGUUUGGUAGGUCUCCAAAGUUAGGCCAGUGGAGUCACUUAGCAAAGCUCCAUGGAAUGGUAUGUAGGCCUAGGCUGGAUCUUUGCAUGGGUUUCAUUAUUCCUUGGAACUGACGGUGUCUCUGUGCGCUAGAUGGGUGGGCACUCUGGAACCAAGGAACCAAGUCUUUGCUUGGAGGGCAAAAGAAGCGUGCUGAGGUCCAGCUGAAAUCUCCUUUGAGCAGACUGGCACGGAAGGGGAAAUCUCCCCUUUGUUGGGUAGGUGUCGUGUUAUUGAGAAUGGAGAUCCUAUGCAACACUGAUUGCUGUGUUCCUAUCAAUUCCCUUGCACUCUGCUGCUUCCCAAAACAUUUGCUUCUAGUUAGGAAGGCCUUUCUCCUUUCUUCCAUCUCCAAGGCCUUUAAACAGGAGCAGAUGCAGCGGGUAAGGAAAUUCUAUCAUUUGGGCUAGCAGCAGUGCCGAGCUUUCCAAAUAUCAAGCUGCUUGGGGGGUGGGGAAAGAUGGGUAGAAGUCACACAGCAGAAGAGAGGAACGGAAGAGCACCAGGACACUGGAAGGGUGGGAUAUGUUUCUGCAUGGUGCCUCUUGCUCUUACCUAUCUAUGUCCUGGUGACUUUCCCUGGAUUGCUGGGUAAAGGCUUCCUUCCCUUCAGUGUGUUCUGCCCAAGCUUCUGCCUCACUUAGGGCCUGGGAGCACACAGACAACCUGUUCAUUGAGCUUUCAUCCUGAUCUGCUUGCAAGAGAUUGGACCCUUCUGAUCUGCCCAGUGUGACCUAACCAGUCCAUGACUAACCUCAAGAAUUGCCUCAGAAACCUCAUCAGUCUCGCUGCAAUGGGAUGGAAAGAGAGAGUUUGGUAACAUUGCCGUUCACCUACUGGUGAUACUGUGCUCUAAAUCCCUGGAAGACCUCUCCCAGCAAUUCAAGUGUUGCCACAUAGGAGAAGAAGUUGUCUUGAGCCAUCCAGGGAGACCUUGCACUCCAACUGGCAGGGCCUCUCCCACCACCUGAUGCUUUGAACUGGAGGCGCCCGGGACUUGGCUGCCUGCUUUCUGUACGCAAAGCACGUGGUCUUCCACUGCACUGUCCCACCAGCUCCUGCAGCCUGUGCCCUCGUGACCCCCGUGGUGCAUCUUGCCAAGAGCCUUGUGUUGGACUGGACCAGGGAUCUACCAAACCAUCAUCAUCAUUUUAUUUGUAUGCCGCCUUUCCAAAGUCAAAACAAUGCUCAAGGUGGCUUACAAAAUAAUUACCAACAUAACAAAAGUCAUAAACAAUAAAUAAAACACAUCAAAAGGUACACAACCAAAUGGAAAACAUUUCCACAUAAAUCAUAAAAUCUAAAACUAAAAAUACAACAUUAAUAUCAAUAACAAUUUAAAAUGACAUAGAUAAAAAACAAAAGCAAUGUUAAAAAAGGAGCCCUCUCUGUUGAGCAGCAGCAGCCCUUUAUGGAAGCUGGCAGGGCAGGUGGAGAGAGGCAGGGCCCUUCAGGCUCCCAGCAGGCAGUCCUGGGCCCUUGUUCAGCCUGAGGGCCACUUUCCCUCACAGGCAACGUUCUGGAGGCCGUCUGCUGGUGAUGGAUGGGGCCUGGUGCAAAACAGGGCUGAGCAAGGAGCGCUGAUUGCCCAGGGUGGGGCGGAAGGAGCUCAGUUCUGCUGGGCAAAAGUAUCCCCAGGGAGCCAGAGAUUUCUGUUGAGGUGUUGCAGAGGCGCCAGGUGCCCCCAGUAUUUCAGGGGCCUGGCGUGCAUUGUGCAUACAUGACGUCACACAGUCCAGUCCUGACCAGUGCAGUCUUCCCCAACAUUGGGCUGGGCCCCCUCAACAUUGCGGGGGGUGGACCCCCUUCAAACACAUAUUGAGGGGGCUGAAGACACCUCCGCCCCCUAGAGCUGGCAUGCCUGGGGUGUUAUAAAGACUGGCGGGUGGGUGGGAGUCAUGUUUUCAGCACCUAGUUGCCACAGUCGGUGUAAAGGGGGCGCAGCAAAGAGCCCUGAGUCAGGUUUCCACCCUUCUCUUUCCCCACUGGCCCCUUCGCUUCUGUGCCCCCUUCUUCCCCUUCAUCUGUUCUGCUUCUUCCCAAUUAGCAGCUGGAAAAUGUAUUUUGAAGGUGUGGGGCUCCCUCUUGUGGUUGGUGCAUGCCCUGAAAUAGAGAGGCGUGAAGGUUGUGGAAAGGAUUUUUGGACAACACAUCACUGUGUUGGGCGGUUGAAUGUGUCCACCCAAAGGCUUUAGGCAUUGAUUGUUUUAGCUCAAGGAUGAGUUAUGGCCACAAGAAUGUGCAAACUUCUUCUUCUGCCCCCUCCCCACACCCUUGCAGGAAAUGAGUUCAAUGUAGGGUUAACCUGUUUAACUUUAGCCCUAUUCAAGUCUGUGUACAACUCUCCCGCUGUAUCCUCAGAACAAGCUUAUAAUGACUCCUUGCCCUGCUGUAAUGCAAAGUGCAUCUUGCCAUGGAGACCCUCCCAAAUUGCUUGUAGAGUUUCCUUACGAUGAAGUAUCAUGUGGAUGGUCCUUAAAAGCCAUGAGAGGACACGGGAGGACUAUUGCAACAAUGAACGUUGUAGUCCUACUGUUCUGCUCUAUCAUUUCUGAUUUCACAGAGCAGCUCCAUUCUUUAUGGUUUGCUACCUUCACAACAAGGUCUGACACCGUUGUUCCCAUUCCACUGGUGAUCUGAGGCUGAGACAGGGAUUUGGCAAGAGAGUGAAAGGCAUCUGUUGCCAAGAUGGACAUGGGGCUCAGCUUCCCAGACAUAAGACAAAGUCUCAUCUGCUGGAUCAGUUUGGCUCCAAAGUGGAGGUGCAAUGUACCGUAUCUCAUGAGACUGUACAAUUUGAACUUUGCAUGAUUCCCAUGAUUCACCUAUCCCUAUGGCUAGCAAAACUUUUUUUUUUUUAACAAAAUAUCCCAAUACAAGCAAAUGCACAUAGUUAAAAGAAUCCAGCUUUUCUUCAGUUCAGGUAGCAAUGUAUUAAUUACCUUUUGUUUUAACACUCACCUUUGACUGUGACCUCCUUCCAGUAUUAUAUGGCAGAGGAGUAGAACAUAUAUUCUGGGUGGGCAAUCUGCUGCCAGCAGUGUGUAUUUUGGUCUGCAAGCAUGUUUUUCUGGGAUAGAUUCACAAUGGGGAAUUGUAGUGGUGGUGAUGGACAAAAACUUUCAGGAUCUUGUUCUGACACGUGUGUGUAAGAGGGAGGGUGAGAGUUUGUUGGGGAUUGAGCGUGCUGCAAUUCCAUGGGGGAAGAUUGUGAUAUUAAGUACACAGUUAACCUUCAAGAAAAUCUCGGCUUGUUUGUGUGCCCACCGCUGUGUUAGCAUUUUAUUUAUGUAUUGUGUUUAUAUUCCCUUUUUCUUCUGAGGAGCUCAAGAGGGCACGUAUUGCUCUCUCUCCCACCCCAGCUAUAUCUUCAUAACUUCCCUUUUAAGUCUGUUAUGCUGAGAGUGUGUGUGUACUGGUCCAAGGUCACCCACUAUGUUUCGUGGCUGAAUGGGGAUUUGAAUCUGGGUCUACCCAGUCCUAGUCCAACUCUCUUAACUGGUACACCACACAGGCAAGUUUCUAGCCCAAAAACAUGUUUGACAGGUUGGUGUUCAUGCUCAACCUCAAAAACCUACAAAACCAGGAAGUUGGCUGAAUUAGAUUCCUGUGGUUAGGGGUGAAACUUCUUGUUUAUGUCUUUCUAUCUCAGUUCUUCUCCCCCCCCCCUCAUUAUUUUAUCAAAUUUGUGUCAUUUACACAGUUUUCCCUCAUGCUGAAUUUGGAUUGUUUGGCUGCACUCACCCCUGGUUGUGUAUACUCCUCUUAUUUUGGCAAUAUGGGUUGUGUAGCAACUGCUUAUUUUUAUGGGGCCAAGUCCUAUAAUGUGUGAUGGUCAAUUAAUCUCUUCCUGAGGCUGAGAGGCUCCUCGGGCCACUCCUUUCCUGCAGAAUGCAUUUACACCCAGCCCCAUCUCUUUCUGCAGCAGCUACAGGAGCAAAGGAGCAGCAGCCGCUCUGGUGGAUCUCCAGUUACAGUUCUGCUUCCAUUAAAUGGAUCUCCGUCCCCUGGAGCAUAUUCACCCCGCAGCCCAUGGGAGAUCAGGAAGGACCAGAACAGGAACUCCUCUUCCUACCAGCGCCGUUACAGGUAAUCUGUCUAUCUUACCUGCUCUUGCCUAGUGGCUAAGGAUGCUUUCAGACUGUCUGUUUUGGGGUGGGAUUCAGUCACAUAGCAGCUGAUUCAGGUUCAUCAUCAUCAUCACCACUUUUAGUUUGUAUACCCUCUUUUUAUAUACAUGAGGCAGUUUACCAACUGAAGAACCAAUAAAAUGUACAACAAAUGUACAACACACCUUAGAACAAUCUAAUCCAAUACAAAUAAGUCCUAAUAAAAAAUAUGACUUAAAAUUUACAAUUUAUAUCAAAUAAAGGUUGCACAAUAAAAACUGUUUUGGAUUUCAUCCACAGAACUAACCCAUUUCCCUAAUAGAUCAGACUUUUGCAAUAAGGAAAGUGACAGGGUAGUGCAAAAGUGUGAGAUAACAUUUGCUUUAAACAGUGUCAUCUGUCCUUCCUGCAGACGAAUUGGAGUGAGUGCUCCUUAGAUAGGCAACAAAGUCUAAUCUUCCUACAAACUAACCAGGAUGAAUGUUCAAUACAGUGGUACCUCGGGUUAAGUACUUAAUUCGUUCCGGAGGUCCGUUCUUAACCUGAAACUGUUCUUAAACUGUUCUUAGCUAAUGGGGCCUCCUGCUGCUGCCACACCGCUGGAGCACGAUUUCUGUUCUCAUCCUGAAGCAAAGUUCUUAACUCGAGGUACUAUUUAUGGAUUAGUGGAGUCUGUAACCUGAAGCAUAAGUAACCCGAGGUACCACUGUAAAUGGAUUGUCUGGAAGCAUCUAUUUCCAAAAAUUGCUGAAAUCAUGUAUGAGAAGCUGCCAGACCAAAAUAACACUUAAGAGUGCUUCCAGGUGCCAGGGUUCAUGCGUUCAGUAUAAGGAGAGCUAGCAGAGCAGGUACUUCACAAAACACAGAAACCUUGUUUACACUUUGGUAGAGUGAUUCCUGCCUUUCAGGCCGCAUAGACGUCAACAUUUUCCCUUUUUUAAGGGAAAUUCCCUUAUUCCGAAUAGGAUUCCUCACAAGAAAAGGGAAAGGUUGACAGCUAUGCACAUUGGUUCUUUGCUUCUAUGGGCUUCUGUGGUGUUGGCAGACAGGAGUGGGUGGGGGUCAGAGUUCAAGGGCAGUGCCACUGCCAAUGCGCAUCCCUCUGUCUUCACCACCAAGCAGCUGUAGAGUAAGGUGACCAAGCGCCCUGCUUUAUUGUUUGUUUGCUGCUUCUUUUAUUUCUGUAGCCUCAAGAAGUUCUCCAAGCAGCCUGCAAAAGGUUCUCAAAAUAAAAUUGCUCUCAGAUCUGGGAUAGGGGCAGAAAGGACUUUGUUGUCCUCGCAUAAAACACCCUCUGAGCCAAAGGAGUGGGGUGAGCAGUUGGAUUCUUCUGAGCAGGAACUCGCCCCCCACCUCAAUGUCUCAGGCUCCAUCUGGAAAAAAUUGCAAUGGCAACCUGAGAAUUGGGGCAGACAUUUCAGUCCCAAACCUCCCUGAAGUCACAUCACCUACUUUGGGGGGGGGGAGCUAAAAUGCUCCCCCCCCCCCCAAAAUCAGGCAAACCACUUUGACGCGGUUCUAGGGAGUGUUCACAUUAUGCAGCGAAUGCACAGUAAACAAGUGUGUGAACACAGCCAGAGUCUCUCCCUGGGUCACCAAGCAGCAAACUCAGAACUUUAGGGUGGUUUCUGCUUUCUCUGCCUAGAAUACGAAUUCUACAAAUACCCCCACAGACCCUCACUAUUAUUCCCAGGCUAUUUCCUUAGGUGGAGACCAGAGGCAGAUGGCUUUGUAUAUACCCCUGUUGACUCUGCAUGCAGACCCUUCCCGCUGCUGGUUGGGGAAGCCACGAAAACACACAUUGGCCACAAGACACAUUGGCCACAAGUAAUUUCGUUGUCCCCGAAGGGGGCAAUGACAAUAAAGAUAUUAUUAUUAUUAUUAAGACACAUCUGUCCUGACCUUUCAUGUGAAAUGCUACACUUUGAUGUGUUUCCCCCCCAAACCUGCUUUGAUCUUAAUUGAGAACUGCUUACAGGGUAAAGAUAUCUCAGCCCACUGGUAUGAACAUAUAGCGGGAGAUUAACACACACAUCAAACUGUGCCAAUGUACACACAAUAUGCAAAUGUGGUUUGAAAUGCAGUGAAAAAGAAUGACCUUGCUGAAUUUUAAGCAGGUGAUGUAGAUACAGCUUAUCUCUCAUUUUCCUGGAAGCAGGGCGUUGGCCUACUUUGCCCUUCAGGGAAAGCCUUAGAAAGAAGGAGUUAUGACAGAGGCUUAUACCAUUGUGCGCUGCCUGCAGAAGGUGGAAAGAGAACUUUUUGUCUCCUUUCUCAUAAGACUAGAAGGUGUGGACAUCCACGUUCAGGACAGAUAAAAGAAAGUGCAUCUUGCAGCACAGGCUCCCACGGAGGCAGCGACAGCCACCAACUUAGAUAGCUUUAAAAGAGGAUUAGACAAUUCUGUGGAGGAUAAGGCUGUCAGCAGCUCUGCCUUCAUGGUUGGAGGCAGCCCGGCUUCAGAAUACCGGUUCCUGGGAAUUCCAGGAGGGGAGAGGGUGGUUCUUGUGCUCAGAACCUGCUUGGGGGCUUCCCACAAGCACCUCGCUGGCCACCGAGAGAGCAGGAUGCUGGAGAUAGAUGGACCACUUGCCUGACUCAGCAGUCUCUCCCUAUGUUUUUAUGUUCUCCUUCUGUGAGGCUGGGCAGGUGAGGGUUAAUUUGACGCUGCUGACAAGUCUAGAGGCUGGGCAGGUGUGUCAGGCAGGGCGUGUUCUACCUGCACUCUCAGGAGAGUGAGCCUGAUCAGGUCUGGAGACAGGCAAGCAGGAAAGGAAAUCUCCCUGGUGGUGAGGGGGAGCAGGAUUCAGUCCCUGCUGAAACACUGAGCCCUUGAGGGUCAGUAUACCUGCCUGGAAACAGCAGGUGAAGCCUCCUUCCCAGGGUGGGACAUUUCCUGCUGCUGUUGCUCUCUGCUCCCUUUCCCGGAGGUAUGUUUGUCUGAGAAGACUUCAGAGGGCUUGGGGCCAGAAGAACACCUUCGCUCACAGGGGAGCUGCUUUGGUGAGCUGGCUGGGGCUGAUGGGAAUUGUGAUCCAAAAUAUCUGGAGGGCACCAGGGUGGCGAAGGGGUCCUAGGAGAGGGGCUGGCAGGGCAACUCCACAGCCAGGACUUGAAAUGAGGAGGGGCUGGGAUGCUUCUCUGAGUCAGUGAAGGGACCAUUUCCGUUUUCUGAAGUCCUGGCUUACCUGGAGCCAGGGCCAGUGCGUCCAGGAGGUGGGCUGAGGCAGCUGCCUCGGGCAAUGGAAUCUCGAGGGGCCCCUGCAGGCACCACCCGCCCCUCCCGCCACAACCAGAGAAGUUAGGAGAAGCGGCGGCAGCUUCCGGCAACACCCUGCGGAGUUCAUGUGACAUUCCAUCUCACCAUUUCUGCAUUGCAGGGGUUGGACUAGAUGACCCUUGAGGUCCCUUCCAGCUCUACCAUUCUACAAUCCUGUGAUUCUGCCACUACCACCACUUUUCCUCACUUCUCCUGUGGCUGGGAGGGCAGCAAGCAAGGCAUUGGUGGGGGUGGGGCAGCACCCUCCCUUUUCGCCUCAGGUGGCAAAAUGGGAUAGAAGAAAGAAGAAAAGGCUCCCAUUUCUCUCCUUGCGCCUGCUCAACCCUCUGGAAUCCUGCAUCCUUCUACUGAGGCCCCUGUUGUUCUGAAACAGUGUUCAGGUGUGCCUCUUCCUGGAUCUCUCCUGGUCCAACCUCUUCCUGAAAGCUCGGCAGAAUUAUGUUGGUGAUGGAAGACUGGUUUGUCCUGUCUUCCUGGGAUAUAAAAAGCCUGAGGUAUUUUUCCUCUUCCCAGGACAGACUGGCUGCAUUUCUUUUCUCUCUCUCUCUCUCUCUCUCCAGUCUGGAUACAGAGCCAGCCAUGCGCCAUUUGGAAGGGGACUCGGAGGUCUACAAAAUGAUGCAAGAAAAUCGUGAAACCAGGGCUCUGCCGCGGCAAUCCAGCACCUUCCGCUUGCUCCAAGUAGCUCUGGAGUUGGAUGAAAAAGGUGAGGGUCGAGGUGGCUGGGAAGGAAAGCAGGAAAAUUGUGUUUCUUUAGACUUGGGAGCAGCAAGCAAAAUGCAGCCACCACCAUAAAAUGUGGUGUGAAAUACUUCCUAAUGCUUCUGGUUUGGUCUGUCUUCUUGUCCCUCACUGUUUGCUUGAAACUCUGUUUUUUUAAAUCUGAGGCGCAGGUAAAUGCUGAGGUUGUGUGUGAGUCCAUGAGAAUACUUUUGUAGUUGAAGGCAAAAACCAAGAGACAGGUGGCCCAAGUUUUCUGUACUGGACUGCAACUUUGAAUUAGCGGGUUAAUCAACUAAAAAUUAGAAACCUGCCUAAUGCUGAGUAACAUUCUUGGUCCAUCUAGCUGUAGUAUUAUCUAUACUGACUGGACGUGGCUUUUCAGGAUCUCAAACAGAGGUUUCUUCCAGCCUGACCUGGGGCUGACCUUGGGACCUUCUGCCCACCACUUGUUGAUGGCAAACUUUAAUCCGUUACUCUGUGAAUGAAUUGUUUGUGAUACAGUCUGUUUUGGUGCUUUUAUGAAGGGAAAUAAAGAAAACAUUAAAUAUUGCAUUUUCCUUCUGACCAUUAGUAGAUUAUCUAUGGCUUUAUUAGUUUACAAUGUAUCUGGCUUUAAUACUUUUUAAAAGGCAAUUAAUACUGAGGGGUUUGUGGGAAUGAUGGAAAUUUUGCCUCAUUAGAUUAAGUCUGCAAUCCUAUACACACUUGGUUCAUGACACACCCUAACGCUCUGAGGAGAUGCACACAGGGUGGCACAUUAUUUAGAAUCUGUUGCCGGCCGGCUUCUGAAUCCUGAUGUGCCCUCUCGGUUGCUUUGGCAGGGGGCUCCGUGACCCACUUCCCCAGCCCGCUGUCUCCCAGCGCACAGAAGCCAGUCAGCAGUUCCAUGGCAGGCGGCUCCCAGAAGCUGCAUGUGUGUGAGAAGUGUGGCAGCAGCAUCACGUGAGUGUUUCUCUCCCUCGGAUGGGAGUGCCUGGUGCUGUUCUGGAGGGAUAAGAGAUGGGCUGUUGGCCAUAAGCAGAGCGGGGGUGGAUCUAGACACAGGUUAAAAAGGUAAAGGUACCCCUGCCCGUACGGGCCAGUCGUGUCCGACUCUAGGGUUGUGCGCCCAUCUCACUUAAGAGGCCGGGGGCCAGCGCUGUCCGGAGACACUUCUGGGUCACAUGGCGAGCGUGACGAAGCUGCUCUGGCGAGCCAGCACCAGCGCAGCACACGGAAACGCCGUUUACCUUCCCACUAUAAAGCGGUACCUAUUUAUCUACUUGCACUUAAGGGUGCUUUUGAACUGCUAGGUGGGCAGGAGCUGGGACCGAACGACGGGAGCUCACCCCGCCACGGGGAUUCGAACCGUCGACCUUGCGAUCGGCAAGUCCUAGGCGCUGAGGUUUUACCCACAGCGCCACCCGCGUCCCAGGCACAGGUUAAAAACACUAUAAAUAAGUCAGAAAUUAAAUCAUUACAACAAAGGGGGGGGGAAGCCUAUGUAAAAAUCCAUAUAAACUCCUUUUUGCUCUCUGGCACCAUCUGCUGUUGGAUGUUUAUGACGCAUUCAAAACGUAUUCUUGUGAGGAAUGUAGCUGAAUCCGAGGAGACCUUUGCCACUCUACACUUUCAUGGUAUUAUAACCACAGUGGGGGACCAGUUAUGCAUUGCCAUCUUCUGGGCAGAGACCAGAACUGCAAUUUGGAGCUUGUGAAAGUUCACUGUGGCCAUUUGAAAUGAACUUGGUGGCUGAAGAGUAGGGAAAUUGCCAAAAAGAUAUGGGGUUACUUAUGUGUACACUAUUAUGUCAUUGAUGAUGAGGAAAUUUUUUACCUGUUGUUCACUGUAUGGUCCCAGGGUAAGGUAAAGGUAAAGGUACCCCUGCCCGUACGGGCCAGUCGUGUCCGACUCUAGGGUUGGGCGCCCAUCUCACUUAAGAGGCGCUGUCCGGAGACACUUCCGGGUCACGUGGCCAGCAUGACGAAGCUGCUCUGGCGAGCCGGCACCAGCGCAGCACACGGAAACGCCGUUUACCUUCCCACUAUAAAGCGGCACCUAUUUAUCUACUUGCACUUAAGGGUGCUUUCGAACUGCUAGGUGGGCAGGAGCUGGGACCGAACGACGGGAGCUCACCCCGCCACGGGGAUUCAAACCGUCGACCAUGCGAUCGGCAAGUCCUAGGCGCUGAGGUUUUACCCACAGCACCACCCGCGUCCCCUUGGUCCCAGGGUAGAUUAUAGCAAUAUAAAAAUACAAUACUGAAAGUGGUUAAAUCAUUUUACAAUCAGAAGAUUAUAAUCAGAAGAAUAGAGUGGAUCCUAAAAUAUAUGUAUUGGGUGUCUAAGGCCAGUUUAAAAAGGAGUGUCUUCAGCAUACAGUGGGAGCUAUGCAGUGUUGAAGCAAAACACAUCUCUGUGGAGAGGAAACUCUACAAUUUAGGCUCUGCCACAGAGAAAGCACUCUUCUGGGAAUUUUUUGUUUACUGCAGUGGAAAUGCCAUAGAAUUUUUUCAGUAACAAAAAUAUAUGCCAUUAUAUAUGCAAAUAUAUGGGCAAAUAUGGGUACUACUACCUUUGCUUUUCAUUACUGAUUACAUUUGUAUCCCCCAGUCUCCCUCUAAGUUCAGGGCAGCACAUUCCCACAUUUUCUCCUUGAAACAACCACCUGAGAUGGUUGGACUGAGAGAGAAUGGCAGGUCCCAUGUUGCUGAAUAAGUUUUUGUGGCUGAACCAGACCCAAAGCAAACACUCCAUCCAUUGCGCUGAGGAGGCCAAAUGGUUAGGGUGCUUGAUUACAUUUCCAAAGGUUUAUUUACUUGGUUAAGAUAUUUAUAGUUUGUCCUUCAUCAUGUAAUCCCAGGGCAGGUUGUAAUACAGGUAAAUAAUAAAGCAAAUCCUAAAGACAAUUAAAGAGCAAGCAAAAACAUAUCACAUUUAUUAAAAAAUCAAUAAUGACGCCCUCCUUGAAAUGGCACAACCUGUGGCUCUUAAUUGCAGUGGCAGAUACAUACUUGCACCCCACAAAAGUUUGGGGAAACAGGUAGGUCUUUACCUGGCAAAAGUGUCAGCACCAGUCAUACUUCCAAGGGGGGGCAUUCCAUAGAUGGGACACCACUUGGUACUAAGGUCUAACUUUGAUCUAAGUUGGUACUCCAACUCAAGGAACCUGAUGUGGUACACUCUCCCUCCCUCCCUCCCACACACACAUAAAAAAGUCUUUCCCUCACAGACACACAUUCAUACCCCCUUUCUCUCACACCCAUGCACACAUGUACAGACAACUUAAUACUUCUCUCCAUCUUUCUCUCUUGCACCCUCCCUCUAGCUUCUAUUCUGCAGCCCCCUUUGCACACACAGGGCUGCCUCAAUCCACUUUGGCACCUGAGGCAAACCACAAAAUGGUUCCCCCACCAGAGAGGAAGGGGUGAAGGAAGAUCUACAUCAGGAACAAGGAGAGAAUAAAGAUCUAUACUGGGAACAAGGUUGGGAGUAGACCAGCAGUGCCUCCUCUUCACCCAGCGGCUGCUCUUCCCCCAGAGGGGGCUGCGGGGGCGGGGUUAGAUCUGGCCUCUAAGGAGUGCGUCACAGAUGUUGCCGCAGCAGCAGUGCAUUCCUUGGAGGGUGGAUCUGCUGUCGCGGUGUCUCCUGCCAUCUGAAGCAGCUGCCUCACCUUGCCUCAUGGGUGAGUCAGCCGUGCGCUUGUGCCCCUUCACAUAUAUGAAGGGAAGGGCAUUGCUGCUGUCUGCCAUGCCCUCAGCAGGGGCCCACGCUCCCCUCAAGGCUGCCACUCUCUCAGCCACAUGCCUACCAAAGCUGUUCCCUCACAGGCAAAGUUCUGCAUGUGUGCAUCAUCACACCCCCUCAGACUCUCCUGAGCUCGCUGGCUUCCUCUCACUCACACACCUGCCCACCCAAGCUGUUCCCUCCCUUCACACUUAGAGGGGAGAACAGUAGGAAGGGAGAGAUGUCACUCACGGCUGGCUGCACAUGCACACAAGAGUGCUAGUACGGCAACUCCUUACAAUUUUAUCUAUUGGAGAGAAAUGAAGGUGUAACUCAUUUUUAAGGUGCAACAAACUUUGGUUCUCAUCUUGGGACAGCAUAGAAGCUAGAAGGAAAGUGUUGUUCUGUUGGGUUGAAAAGAGACACAGAAAAAGCUCGGUUGUGGCACUGCGUGUACCUAAGGCAAGGAAAUGGAAAGCUUCUACUGAUUCCAUGAACCAAACUAUCUCCCUACCUGCCUGAUUCUGCCCAGGAUAACCAAAUGGGCCCUCCGUGAGCAGGGGGAGGAUGCUGGAGGCUCCCUGGAAUGGACACAGUGCUGAGAGAGAUUUUGCCCUAGUCCUUUGUUUAAAGGGGAAGGGGGCUGAAUCAAGAUAAUAAAUGAUGAUAUGUAGGCGGCAGUCUUUUUUUGGCAGUGUAUGUUGGUGGAGACUCUUGCACAGAAUAACACAUGCAAAAGUAUCUCUGUGGCUUGUGUGUCUAUAUGUAAAUUGUGUUGUGGCUAAUAUAACAAAAGUAACUAAAUCUACUGGGUUGUGUCCCAUGCUAGCCCUACUCAGAGUAGACCCAUUGAAAUUAAGACAUACCUAGCUUAGAUCCAUUAAUUUUGAUGCACCUACUUUGAGUAGGAUGUAGUUGGACACAACCCAUGCUCCUGGCACUGUGGCAUGCUCUCAAUACUUUCUCCACAAUCCUGAGGGCUAGAAAUUUGCUCUAAACAUGCUAACAUUAAAUUUUAAUGGGGCACCAGAUUCCAGAGUUUGCCUCAGGUGCCAGUCAUAGCUGUACUCCCCUCUGAGUCAUGUUUCACUGACUGCGCCCUCGGCUGUGUCUCCUACAGGACCCAGGCAGUGAGAAUCCAAGAGAACCGCUACCGCCACCCCUCCUGCUACAUCUGCACCGACUGUGGCCUCAACCUGAAGAUGCGGGGCCACUUCUGGGUUGGCGAAGAGAUGUACUGUGAGAAGCAUGCCCGCCAGCGCUACCAGGGGGCAGCAGGGGGCAGCCCGGUCACAGCCGUCUACUCCCAGUCCUAAACUGCGCCAUUGGCAUGCAGGAGAACGAGCAAGAAGGAAGCUGGUGUUUCCACCACCCUGGAGGCUUCUUCCCAACAUCUAGUCUGUGUGACUUCCAGAGGCGUCCCUGGGUCUAUUUCGAUUGCCUAUCAGACCUUUCGCUUCAUGCACAAUCCCAGCCAGUCAGGAUUCUGCCUGCUGAGACAUACAGGGAAGAGGAAGCCAGACAGGCUCAGGGAUCUAGGGAACAGGCAGGGAGCCCCUCUAGGGAAAUGGCAUUUUCAGCUUCUGGCCUAUUUCUUAGAAGGGCAAAUGUCUUCAUAGCACAAGCUUGGUCACGUUGGGCACUAAGCAUCUUCCGGAGGGAUGAUUUGCAGGAAUAGCCGAAAUUUCCUCUCUGCCAAGCUGUGCCUGCAGAGGGUCUGUUUGGGGCACCCCAUGGAACGCAGUGGUGCUGCCCCUGCCCACCCCUGUCCCAUGGGUAGUGGAGGCCAAACCCAAGUGGCUCUUGCUGCUUGCAGGGUAACUAAGCCAUUCCCUUCUGGGUCUCUGGCGCCUCUUUCUCACCACAGCUGUCAACUUUCCUGUGUCAAUGUAGAGAUGGAAGAGGAAAGAUUAGGGGUGUCACUGAAGCACUGGGUACUGGGGUGGCAUGGAUGCAGCUUUGAAUACUGACUCUCUGUAAAGCUUCUAUAAAAUAAUCAGCCAGAUCUCUAUAUGAAAUAUAAUAUAUAAGUUGUAUGUAUAAUGUACUUGCUUGUGCCUGCGUGAAGGGGAUUGUAGAAAGGAGCCUCUUUUCACUCUGCAGCUCCAUUUUAAGGUUUUAUAACAGCAUGUCACCCUCCCCUCAGCAGUUGCACACAGGACAAGAGUCUCUUACAGUGGUACCUCUGCUUACGAACUUAAUUCGUUCCGGAGGUCCAUUCUUAACCUGAAACCAUUCUUAACCUGAGGUGCGCUUUUGCUAAUGGGGCCUUCUGGUUCUGCUGCGCUGCCGGCGCAUGACUUCCGCUCACAUCCCAGGGCAAAGUUUGCUACCAGGAGCAUCUACUUCCAGGUUAGCGGAGCUCAUUACCCGAAGCAUUCGUAAGGAGGACGAUACGUAAUCCGAGGUUCGACUGUAUUUCGGGAGGGAGAAAGGGCAGCCUAUGGGGAAUCCCUCAUCAUACAAAAUGCCCUAUACAGUGGAUAGAGGCUGUGGGAGGUGGCAUUUUAAUAGUUCUCCCAGCUAUUUCUGGGCAGGGAGUGUGCAACUUGAGCACUAUGCCACUGACGACUGCCGUCUUAGCUUAUUGUCAUGAGCUAAAGGAAUUGCUGUUAAGUGACUGGCAACAUAGAGGCACAACAAAACCUGGAUUGACUACAGAUUACCUGGCACAUUCUUGUGCUCAACAAGCAAAGACCAUGCAACCAGUCUCCCUUUUGAUCACUAGCAAGCAAAAGGUGUAAUAGUAUUAGGUAUGGCAACUUGCAUCUUGCAGACAGUGUGCCAUAGCAGGGAAGCUAUAUCAGCCUCAAAAACAAAACAUGUAAAUGAAAUAGGUGUACAUACCCUAAGGGUUUUUCUGUAUGAUCCUAACAUCCUAAGUGUUGCCUCGCUGAAUCAUACAAAGGAUCCAUCUAAUUCCAUGUUCCGAUUCCAACAGCCACUGGACAUUCUUCCAACAGCUGGCUGUACCACCUUCUUAAAUGUGGUGCAGGUAGUCAGCCAACCACUAGGGUAGUGAACCAAAGGUAGUUCCGCCUCCGCCACGCAGUCACUUAGAGAUCUCUAGUUUCUGGCUAGCAGUGCCUUGGAUAAAGAGUAUGCAGGAGAUGGUACUUGCACAUAAGCAAAUGUUAAGCACUUUAGUAUCUGCUUAGAGAUGGUUUGAAGAGAAGCAGACACAACAAGGGCCAGUUGAAGCUGUCUCCUUGUAACCUGUUUAGAGUAGGACCACCCAUUCCACCCCACUUCUCUCUCUGCCUGUGUGUUUUGUCUGCAAAAUGCUGGGCUGUUCAGCCUGGUUAACAGUACAUGGCGCGUUCAGACUGCACUGGGGGUUCAAAUAAGUUCAGAUCCUUCCUGUGUUGUGUGAUAUCGCAAUCUCCUUUCUCAUAUGUGGGCUCACUUGUUACGUAUUUGUACCCAGGCCAUUUGGUCUAGGUAUAGACACAUGGGAAAGCAGAACUUAUACCACCUGUGGGGGUAGAAAAACCUUUAUGCUAGAACUUGAGAGGAUCUUAUAAUAAAGCAAAGGACUCAGAUUCCCAAAAGCUAUAGAAACCUCACUCAUGUAAGAAUAUGCUCCGUAAAGAGCAUACCUGAACAAAAUAGGCCAGGGUGUUCUUCAAGUUCUGUUCUUUUAACAUAUUAGUAAGUGACAUGAAUAGU